AUGCAACAGCAUGCUCAAAAUAUUUUAUGUAUAAAUGCAUGCUAUAACAUAGAUAAACUCAUUUUGUAUAUUCAUAUGAGGCAUGUUGUACGUGCAAAUUAAUGGUGGCAUAGCUUUGCGAUUGCCUGUUCCCAUACCACUGGUGGAUCUGGGGGGAGAGGGGCAACGGGGCAAUUGCCCCCCCCGAGGCUCUCCCCUGCCGGCUAAUGCAGGGCUGGCACUGUCAGAGAUCUCCCUCCCCGGUCCGCAGGCACCGUGCUGGCAGCUGGAGCUCGGGAGCUCAGCCUGCAACGCUCCAGAUCUCGCAAGAGUUCACUCUCACCACUGCCACCACCAGGGAUUCCCCACGGACCACCAGGGAUCGAGAGAUGUCUCCCCUCCUCCCUCAGUAAAGGUAAGAAGGGAGAGAGGACAUAAUGUAUAUUUAUUUUUAUUUUAAAAAAAAUAUAAUAUAAAAAAGCCCCCAUACCCUUCUCAUAAUCACACACUGCCCCCUACACACAUUGCCCCCCCAGAAACACACCGCACACACACACACACACACACACAAUGCCCCACAUACACUGCCCCACACACACACUGCCCCACACACACACAUGCACUGCCUCCACAUACACACACUGCCCCACACACAUACAUACACUGCCCCCACACACACACACAUUGCCCCCCAUACACACACUGCCCCACCACACACACACACACACUGCCGCCAUACACACACUUCACCCACAUACACACACUGCCACACACACAUACACAGCCCCCAUACACACACUGCCCCCACACACACAUACACUGCCCCCAUUAACACACUGCCCCUACACACAUAUACACUGCCCACCCAUACACACACUGCCCUCCCCCCACACACACAGCCCCCAUACAAACAUUGCCCCACACACACAUACACAGGCCCCCAUACACACACUGCCCCCACACCAGUGGCGGAUCAAGAGCCUGAUCUCGGGAGGGGCACUUGUAGAUUAUUUAAAGAAAUAAUCCAUGCACAAUAACCACUACAGUAGUGGUUAUGGUGCCAGGAGUGCUGGGGCCCCCUCCCCGAGUAAGUAGUCAAGACGUUUUAAGACCUGGGUCUGCUGAGAUAUGGGGCUGUAGUAGGGCAUAGGAGGAGUGGUGCAAUGUGUGAGGGGUGCAGUGUGUGUGAAAGAUUCAGGGUGUGUGUGUGUGGGGUGCAGUGUGUGAAUGUGUAGGGUGUGUGGGGCAAUGUGUGUAUGGGGGGGCAGUGCGUGAAUGUGUAUGGUGUGUGUUGGGGCAGUGUGUGUAUGGGGGGCAGUGUAUGUGUGUGGGACACUGCCCCUGCCCCCGAGACUCUCCCCACGGCUAAUGCAGGGCUGGCACUGUCCAAGCGCCAGCCCUCUAAUGUGCCUUCACAGAGUGUCAGGAUCGUGACAGGGAUCCAACACGCAGAAUACAAACAGGAGAUAGGUACGUAUACCGGACCUUAGAAUGGCCGGACUAACGUAAGGAGAAAGCAAAAGAAUGGUCAGAGACAAGCCGAGGUCGAGGGAACGAGAGAUCAGGUAAGCGAGAGACAAGCCGAGUCAAAAGGACAAGAGAGGAAAGCAGGGUCAAAAAUACAAGCCGAGUCAGGAACCAAAAGACAAUAGAGGUAAGUGCACUGAGUGACCAGACUAGCUAGAACCACGACAGGGCAAUGAAUCAUUCCACAGAACCCUUUUUUAUACCUUGGCUCUUUAACUGUUGGCUCCGCCCCCAACGAGUCCUGAUUCGUUGUUCGGCACUUGGUUGCCGUGAUUGACGGGUCGGAACGUGAUUGCCGUCAUGACGUCGGCUACUGAGCGCCGCGUCAUAAAAGGAGGCGGAGCUAUCGCGGCCGGCGUGUAAACGGCCGGGAGGAGUGCAAGGAUCGGGUGAGUCAGCCCCCCUAGGAGGAUGGACGUCUAGGUGUCUAACCUCCUCCGAGGUAGACACCAAAGGUAACCUGACAGUACCCCCCCUCUCAGAAACGCCCACCGGGCGGAAGGAACCGGGGCGAGACGGAAAACGAGCAUGAAAUGCCCGGAGGAGACGAGGGGCAUGCACAUUUUCAUGGCCCACCCAAGACCUUUCUUCAGGCCCAUACCCCUUCCAGUCAACAAGAUAUUGCAACUUCCCCCGAGAAAUACGAGAAUCGAGAAUGGAUUUGAUUUCAUAUUCCUCCUGACCCUCAACCUGGACAGAGAGAGGGGAGGACUCAGCGGAGGAAAAUCUGUUACAAACCAAAGGCUUCAACAAAGAAACAUGAAAAGAGUUAGGGAUGCGCAGGGCAGGCGGAAGGGCAAGACGAUACGCAACCGGGUUAAUCCGACACAGAACCUUGUAAGGGCCUAUGUAACGAGGGGCAAAUUUCAUGGAAGGAACCUUCAAGCGGAUGUUUCUGGUACUCAACCACACCCUAUCACCCGGGGCAAAAACCGGAGCCACCCGUCUCCGUUUGUCAGCGUGUCGUUUGAACACCAUGGAAUUCUGAAGAAGAAUUCGUCGAGUCUGAUCCCACAACUUUCUCAGAUUGGCGACAUGAACAUCAACCGACGGAACCCCUUGGGAAGGGGAAACCGACGGAAGAAUGGAAGGAUGAAAGCCAUAAUUCAAGAAAAAGGGGCUAGAACGAGUAGAAUCACAAACGAGAUUGUUGUGUGCAAACUCUGCCCAAGGAAUCAGACCAACCCAAUCGUCCUGGUGUUCAGAAACAAAACAACGCAAAUAUUGUUCAAUCUUUUGGUUGGUGCGUUCGGCAGCUCCGUUGGACUGGGGAUGAUAGGCAGAUGAGAAAUUCAACUUGAUGCCUAAGUGAGAACAGAAAGACUUCCAAAAGCGGGAAACAAAUUGGGAACCUCUAUCAGAAACAAUUUCAGAGGGAAUACCAUGUAAACGAAAAAUCUCCCUCGCGAAUAUCUCAGCUAAUUCGGGAGACGAGGGCAGUUUAGGCAAGGGCACGAAAUGAGCCAUUUUAGUAAACCUGUCAAUCACCGUGAGAAUAACAGUAUGUUUUUUAGAAACAGGCAAAUCGACAAUGAAGUCCAUAGCCAAACAUGACCAUGGUCUCUCGGGAAUUUCUAAGGGGUGCAAAAGUCCACAAGGGAGCGCGUGAGGUUGCUUAGUCUUCAUACAGACAGCACAUGCCCCGACGAAAUCCCUUAUAUCCUUACGAAGGGAAGGCCACCAGAAAUCUUUAGAAAUCAGGGAACACGUUUUGCGUAUGCCGGGGUGCCCAGCAAUUUUACUGUCAUGAAAGCAAUGCAGCAGUUCCACUUGGAGCUCAGGAGGAACGAAGUAUCGAGCCCCAGGAACAGGUUUGGGAGCUAGAUGUUGUACUUUCUUGAUCUCAGCAAGCAACGGCGAGUGUAUCCUGACACACGUGUUGGCAAUAAUACUACACUUGGGAACGAUAGAAGACAAAGCUGCUUCAGACACCGUAGAAGGUUCAUGUUGGCGGGACAAUGCAUCUGCCUUAGAGUUCUUAGAACCAGGUCUAUAAGUGAGCACGUAAUUGAAAUGUGUCAGAAACAAGGACCAACGAGCUUGCCUGGCGGACAAGCGCUUGGCCUCCCCUAUAUAGGACAAAUUCUUGUGAUCCGUCAAAAUAGUAACCGGGUAUAAUGUCCCCUCCAACAAAUGUCUCCAUUCCUUUAAAGCCAUAAUGACCGCUAACAGUUCCCUAUCACCAAUGUCAUAUCUACUUUCAGGCCCAGAUAAUUUCUUGGAAAAAAACCCACAUGGAUGUAACGGUUUAUCCAAACCUAGCCUUUGGGACAAGAUAGCGCCUAUACCUGUCUCCGAGGCGUCUACCUCGAGUAGAAAAGGCAAAGAUGUGUCAGGAUGAACUAAUAUCGGUGCUGAGGCAAAAUGUUCUUUGAGUGUUUUGAAAGCAGAGAGAGCCUCUGUAGACCAAGUCUUGGUAUCAGCACCCUGUCUAGUCAUAUUGGUAAUAGGAGCAAUAAUAGAAGAGUAACCUUUAAUGAAGCGCCUAUAAUAAUUGGAGAAUCCGAUAAAUCUCUGAAUGGCCUUGAGUCCCCUGGGCAAUGGCCAAUCUAAAAUCGAUUGGAGUUUAAUGGGGUCCAUCCUAAAUCCGUCUCCAGAAAUAACGUAGCCAAGAAAGUUUAUCUGAGAUUGGUCGAAGCUACACUUUUCCAAUUUGCAGUACAAUCCAUGUUGUAACAGUUUGCGCAGUACCCUUCUGACUUGUCUGUGGUGAGUCUCAAUCUCUCUAGAGUGUAUUAGUAUAUCAUCCAAAUAUACUAUAACGCAUUCAUGCUGAAAUUCCCUAAGAACCUCAUUAAUAAGGUCCUGGAAUACUGCAGGUGCAUUGCAAAGCCCGAAGGGCAUUACCGUGUAUUCAUAGUGGCCAUAACGGGUAUUGAAAGCUGUUUUCCAUUCGUCUCCCUGCUGAAUUCUCACCAAGUUAUAAGCUCCCCUCAGAUCUAACUUGGUAAAAAUCUUGGAGCCUUUCAGUCGAUCAAAGAGCUCAGUAAUCAAAGGAAUAGGAUAAGCAUUUCUAACAGUUAUCUUAUUCAAGCCCCGAUAAUCAAUGCAAGGCCGUAGAGUGCCGUCUUUUUUAUCUACAAAAAAGAAACCGGCCCCGGCCGGAGAAGAUGAUCUCCUAAUAAAUCCUUUGUCUAGGUUUUCACGUAUGUACUCCUCUAGGACUAAGUUUUCCUUAGUGGAUAAAGGAUAUACCGUACCCCUCGGAGGCAUAGUACCAGGUAGGAGUCUAAUUUUACAGUCGAAAGACCUAUGUGGAGGUAAAGUAUCAGCCCUCUUUUUGUCAAAGACUGCCUUUAAAUCCAGGUACUGAGACGGUAUCUGUAAAUCUGUAGAUUGGGAAGAGUUAACCGGGGCGUCAACCAUGCAAAUCGGUGAGACUUUCUGUAAACAUCCUCUCUGGCAACCCUGACCCCAGGAGACUAUCUCACCCAGUUCCCAGUCAAUGAUAGGGUUAUGCUUCUUAAGCCAGGGAUACCCCAAGACUAUAGGAACUGAAGGAGAUGAGAUCAGCAUGAGGGAUAUUCUUUCCUCGUGAAGGAUACCAGUGGUUAACUUAAUUGGUAUGGUUUCACGAAAAAUAACAGGUUCAGAUAAUGGUCUACCAUCUAUGGCCUCAACGGCCAAGGGUGUAUCCCUUAGCUGAGAUGGGAUAGAAUGGUUAGUGACAAAGGCUUGGUCAAUAAAGCUUUCAGCUGCUCCGGAAUCUAUCAAAGCCAUAGCAUUAAGUACUCCCUUUUCCCAAGCUAAAGAAACAGGUAUCAGAAGCCUAUGAUCUUUAUAAUCAUAUAUAGAGGACAAGAUAGAAACACCCAAGGCCUGUCCUCUUGAGAAACUUAGGUGCGAGCGUUUCCCGGCCGGUUAGGGCAAUUUAGGCGUAGGUGACCUCUAAUUCCGCAAUACAUACAAAGCCCCUCCCUUCUCCUGUACUGUCUUUCCUCUUCUGAGAGUCGAGUAUUACCUAUUUGCAUAGGUUCUGGGAGAGCUAAAGUAGUAGAAUCAGAACUCUGAAAUGAGGGAGCUAGUCUUAUGGAGGAUCUGCGGGUUCUAUCCCGAAUAUUCUGCCUCUGUCUCAUACGUUCAUCUAUUCGGGAAAUAAAUGAAAUCAAAUCCUCCAAAUUUUCAGGAAGAUCUCUUGUGGCCACCUCAUCUAAAAUCUCAUCAGAUACCCCGUUCAUAAAUACGUCCAUAUAAGCCUGUUCAUUCCACUUGACUUCUGCCGCCAAGGAUCUGAACUCUAAAGCAUAAUCCACGAGGGUUCGGUUAUACUGUCUAAGACGUAACAGUAGUCUAGCUGCAUUGGCCUUUCUUCCUGGGGGGUCAAAAGCUCUCCUAAAUGCAGCGACAAAAGCAUUAUAAUUGUAAACUAACGGGUUAUCAUUUUCCCACAGGGGGUUAGCCCAUCUAAGUGCCUUGUCAAUGAGCAAGGUGAUUAUAAAUCCAACCUUCGCCCUGUCAGUAGGGUAGGCGUGGGGUUGUAACUCAAAAUGAAUACCUAUCUGGUUUAAAAAACCUCGACAAGUGUCAGGAGCGCCGCCAUAGCGUGACGGGGACGUAACACGGGAAGAAGUAGCCACUGUGGCUACCUCUAGGCCUGUACUUAUAGGAGAGAUAGAUGGGGUACGCAUCUCCUCUGAGUGAUUACUAGGACGAGAUAGCAAUGCUUGCAGAGCUAGAGCCAUCUGGUCCAUUCUAUGAUCCAUGGCCUCAAAUCUAGAGUCAGGAGAACCGACCUGAGAGUUUGUACCUGCAGGAUCCAUUGGCCCUGUCGUAAUGUCAGGAUCGUGACAGGGAUCCAACACGCAGAAUACAAACAGGAGAUAGGUACGUAUACCGGACCUUAGAAUGGCCGGACUAACGUAAGGAGAAAGCAAAAGAAUGGUCAGAGACAAGCCGAGGUCGAGGGAACGAGAGAUCAGGUAAGCGAGAGACAAGCCGAGUCAAAAGGACAAGAGAGGAAAGCAGGGUCAAAAAAUACAAGCCGAGUCAGGAACCAAAAGACAAUAGAGGUAAGUGCACUGAGUGACCAGACUAGCUAGAACCACGACAGGGCAAUGAAUCAUUCCACAGAACCCUUUUUUAUACCUUGGCUCUUUAACUGUUGGCUCCGCCCCCAACGAGUCCUGAUUCGUUGUUCGGCACUUGGUUGCCGUGAUUGACGGGUCGGAACGUGAUUGCCGUCAUGACGUCGGCUACUGAGCGCCGCGUCAUAAAAGGAGGCGGAGCUAUCGCGGCCGGCGUGUAAACGGCCGGGAGGAGUGCAAGGAUCGGGUGAGUCAGCCCCCCUAGGAGGAUGGACGUCUAGGUGUCUAACCUCCUCCGAGGUAGACACCAAAGGUAACCUGACACAGAGAGAUCUCCCUCCCCGGUCCGCAGGUACUGUGCUGGCAGCCGGCAUGGGAGGGAAGGAGAGAGGGCCCGGGAACUCAGCCUGCAGCUCCUACGGGUCCUAUUAUUGCGAGCACGGAGCAUUGCUGCGGUUACUACGGCAACGCUCCGGAUCUUGCGAGAGUGAACUAGUAGCCCUGGAGCCGUGGAGGCUAGAGUUCACUCUCACCUCUGUGACCACCAGGGAUUCCCCACCGGACCACCAGGGAUCAAAAAAUGUCCCCCCUCCUCUCUCAGUAAAAGUAAGAAGGGAGGGGGGAUAUAAUGUUUUUAUUUUUAUUAAAAAAUUUUUUUAUAAAAAAGCCCCCCAUACACACAUUGCCCCUAACACAAAUACACAUCCCCCCAUACACACAUUGCCCCACACACACAUACACAGCCCCCAUACACACACUGCCCCGACACACACAUACACUGCCUUCACAUACACACACUGCCCAAACACGCACACACACUGCCCCUACACACAUACACUGCCCCAUACACACACUGCCCCCAUACACACACAUACACUGCCCCCUCACACACACACACAGCCCCCCCAUACACACAUUGCCCCACACACACAUAUACAGCCCCCCAUACACACACUGCACCCACACACACACUGCUCCCAAUACACACACAGCCCCCCAACACAUACACUGCCCCCCAUACACACACUGCCCCAAACACACACAGCCCCCAUACACACAUUGCCCCACAAACACAUACACACACUGCCCCAAUACACACGUUGCCCCCACACACACAUACACAGCCCCCAUACACUCACUGCCCCCCACACACACUACCCCCAUACACACAUUGCCCCACACACACAUACACAGCCACCCAAACACACACAGCCCCCCAUAUGCACAUAGCCCCACACACACAUACACAGUCCCCCAUACACACACUGCCCCCAUACACACAUACACUGCCCCCAUACACACACACACACACACACUGCCCCCAUACAUACAUACCAUACACAUUCACACAUUGCCCUACACACACACAAACACAGCCCCCCAUACACACACUGCCCCACACACCCUACACAUUCACACACUACACCCGCCCCACACACACACUGAACCUUUCACACACACUGCACCCCUCACACAUUGCACCACUCACACACACCACUGCUCCUAUGUCCUAUUACAGCCCCAUAUCCCAGCAAACCCCAGGUAAGUUGUCAAACUGUUCUUAAAUGGUUUGAAUACUUACUCUGGGAGGGGGUUCCGGCACUUCUGGCACCAUAACCACUACUGUAGUGGUUAUUGUGCAUGGAUUAUUUAUUUAAAUAACCUACAAGUGCCCUUCCUGAGAUCAGGCUCUGGAGCCGCCACUGUGCCAGAAGUGCCGCUUUUAAACUUUUGCUUACUUUGACACAGUGAAAAAUGACUGAUCGCAAAGAACGGUAAAAUAAAGAUAAUAUAUUACAGGAUGAAGGACAUCCAGUCCUUUUUUCCAUACAUCACACAGCUUCUGUGCUAUCCUGCAAGGCCGUGAUAACUGCUUGUAGAAGAAUGUUACUCAAAUGGAGAGAUAAAGAGCACUUUAUGUGUCAGCUAUUAGGGAAUCACAAGGCUAUCUACGACUUGCGCGUAAACUUAGAUACACAAUUCACCAGCAAAUCCUUACUGCCGCAUGCUGGGAUUAGUGGGUGAAAUUCUCUGCUGUAAAUUAUCCCAACGGAACACGGUAACAUGCAAUUUGUGCUAAAUCUUUGACUAGCAGAAUGAAACAUGAAAAUUGGCACCUUUUUCUUAUCAUAUCCCACUUUGGUAAUUGAAUGGGCCUUUUCCUAGACAUAUACUAGAACUUAGUUUGAAAGGCUGCUGCCAAUGUGAUGGACACUCAGGAGAAAGGACAGGCAGACACUCAGGAAGGCAGGCUCAGUCUGCUGAUGAAUAACAUGAUUUUAACAAUGAAAGGAGUGAGUUAUGGCUAUUUAUGUUAACUAAGACCUUUUUCAAAUUUCGAUGUUCACAUUCUGUAUUUAUUUGACACUCGUCUGGAUUUGAUGCACUGUUGCAAUUUGUUCCCAAACUGGGAAUCCUGUAUGCCUCUCUUCAGUACUUUGUCCUGCAGUUUAAAAAUUUGUUUAUCGAAAAAAUUCAGUUUUUUAGUGGUCAGCGCCCUGCCUUAAAGAAAUACUAUAGUAUUAGGAAUACAAACCUGUAUUUCUAUCACUGUAGUGCCUCAGUCCCUAGCUAUCCACAGGUCUCUCGCUUCUGUUUCCAAGAUAAAAAAAUUAAAUAGCCUAUCUUUUUCCAUAUAGGAUUCUCCAUUUUGGAAAACUGAAGCAUUGGAAAGCCCACAGUUUCAGAUUACUGGCCGAGCAUUAGAAAUGUAAAUUUUUUGUAUCAUUUUGUAUCAGUUUGUUGUGGUUAUUAGACUCAAUUGUCAGUAUAAGUUAAAGGGCCACUAUAGUGCCAGGAAAACAUACUUGUUUUCCUGGCACUAUAGGGUCUCUAGGUCCCCCCCACCCUUAGGGUUCCCCUCCCGCCGGGCUCUAGGGUGAGGAAGGGGUUAAACACAUACCUUCACAGCCGGACUCUCUCGGUGAUGGGACCUCUCCGCCUCCUUUCCCCGUCAUCGGCUGAAUGCGCAUGCGCGGCAAUUCUCAAUGCUUUCCUAUGGAUGCUGGCGUCUUCUCACUGUGAAAACCACAGUGAGAAGCACGGAAGCGCCUCUAGCGGCUGUCAAUGAGACAGCCACUAGAGGCUGGAUUAACCCUAAUGUAAACAGAGCAGUUUCUCUGAAACUGCUAUGUUCACAGCAGGCAGGGUUAAACCUAGAUGGACCUGGCAGCCAGACCACUUCAUUAAGCUGAAGUGGUCUGGGUGCCUAUAGUGGUCCUUUAAAUGGUUACAUUGAUGAUAUAUUAUGACGUGAUAAACAGAAUGUCAAUCUUUGUGUGCUUUGAAACAAACUAUUGUGUAUUUUGCUAUUAUUCAAAUAAAUAUAUUAGUGCAAUUAUUUUUUAUAUCUUGUCAGCCUCUCUCUCCAUUCUCUGCCCAUUAAAAAGAUGGAUCAUUUCAGUAACAACUGGAUUCUCACGUUUACUCACAAAUGUUUUCUUGUUCUACUGCCAAAGUUUUAAUUUUAUGUACAUUGCAAUCAUUUUUUUUAUUUAUUUACAGAGUUAGCCUUUACAACUUCCUCUUAACAGAGGUAUUUAUUUCUCUCUCUCUCUCUCUCUCUGAUAGUGUUAAAACACAUGAAUAGCAGCUUUUAAAUCAUGUAAUUAACAUUUACUUAAGUACUGUUUGUGUUACAUAAUCACUAAUGAGAAAGUUAAUCAUAACUUCAAUGACGUGCAAGUUGCAAACUUGACAUCUUAAUACCUCUGUUUGCACAACACUUAAAGUUGACCCAUCAUUAAAUCAACUGCACUAAAAAAUCUUACCGGAACGUCUCAGAAAAGAACAAUUAAUUAGCCAUUGGAAUUCUAUCUGUAGUUAAUUUACUAAUUAAGUAUUCAGUUUUCCACCAAGUAUUUUAUAAGAAGGCCAAUCAACAUUUUACUUGAUGCCAGUAAUACUAGUUUUUACCAAAAGUUUGGAGUCUUAUAUAGGCUAUUUUUAUUUUAUUUUUUAAAUUCUUUAUUUUUGAUGUGCACAAGAUAACACAAAUGCUUGCGCUGCCACAACACCCAAAGCAAGAACAGGAGAAUUAAACAGAAGGAAACAAUCAUGGCAUUAGAAUCAUCUGCACAUAUUUUUAAAUUAUAAAAAAAAAAGUACGACAUGCUCAGGCUGGUUAAAUUCAAGCAUUUGUUGGUAAGGUAUCUAGUCUGGUUAGUACCUGAGAUGUGAUCUUGCUAAAACGUGCAUUAUACCAACAUAAACAGAAUGAAACAAUCAUGGCAUUAAAAGCACCUGCACAGAUCUUAAAUUAUCAAACACAAGUAUGAUAUGCUCAAAAAACAUAUGACUAGGAUUGGAUUUCCGCAGGGACAGCAAUCAGAGUCUGUGAGACACAGAGCACGCAACAUAAAAGAAAAGAAAAUAUAACAAAGCUAGGAGACAGCAGGUCAUCAUAAGCAGCGUGAUCUAGCACAACAUGGCAGCUCCACAGGCCACAUGGUUCCAGUCCAUCAUGGAUAGACUACUGGAGUCUAGUGGCCAGUGUUUCAUCCGAUUCCUACACUUGGUGGGCCUGAUGAGCCAGCAUAGAUUUUGCUGGGUAGACUGCUGGGGUUGCAUUGAGUGAGAGUAUCCCUCUCGGCCUAGGCCAGUGCGGUGGCUAGUGCCUCCUUUCUAUGGGCCUGGUGGUACAAAGAAACCAAGUCCCUCCCAUAUGGGCUGUAGCAAUGGGCUCCUAUCGUGUGGACAGCAGGCCGUCGCUGAUGUUGUGGACGUGGUGGGGCUGAGCCCUGGGUGACCCCAGGCUUCGGUGAGUGUAUGGGUGUAAGGUCAGGAGCUUGCUUGCCUUCAAUGCUCUUCUUUUCAGGUCCAGAGGGGAUCUUCUGGAUUUGCGUUAGUCGACUUGCUCUCUUGUUGGGGAGGUGAAGCUGCUGCUCAUGCUUCCAGUUUAGCACAGAAGCUGGUGAAGAUUGCGUCCAAUUUCUGUAGAGAGCGUUCCACGGAGAAACAGCCGGUCGCUAUUAAAGUCUGCUCCACUGGAGGAUGCUCGUCCACCAUUUUGAGGGCUCUAGUUGCAUACAGGUGAGUGUCCACUGAAUGUGGUUUAAGCAGUACAGUGGGGACCAGGAUAACCCCCUCUGGUCCAGGGAGGGGAGGAGUGAGGCUGUUCCGUUCAGUAACCGGAGAGCAAGGAAAUCGGCCUCCUUUCCCCCAGCCCAGUCACUUGCAGGCCACGGCUUGUCUGUGGGGUCUCCCGGCGUCUCAGGAUCUCAAGUGUGGGAUCAAUAUGGUCCACGUCGGGCCCCCAGGUAGUGUUGUGUGGGGGAAUGCACGGCUUCAGGCUGGAAAUGGCUGGAAACCCCGAAAAUAGUCAGCUUGAGCGAGAGCUCCCACGGCAUGCAGCUGCGCGCCUUAAUGUCCAAGCUCCACCCAAAAAUAUAGACUAUUUAAUGUUGUAUUAUAUGAUUUUUAUUUUUAGUGUUCAUAGUUUGGCUGCUAGAUGGGAGAUCCCAAUUGAUAAUUACAAUGGGUGCUCUGCAUUUUAACAAAUUAAGGCGAAUGGUUGGAUAUUUACUCUGAACGUUUCAUUUCUCAGUAAUCUGCACAUUGCACUCUACUUAUCAUGAUUAGUAUUAUGUAAGGAAGUCAGCCUUGUGGUUAUGGUAGAUAAGAGACUGGUUUGACAUUAUCACAUUCAUGGAAUUCUUGAAAGGGGGAAGUGAUUCUGGACUUGUGAAACCUUUUGUUUCAAGCUGUAUUCAUGGAUGGGUGCAACAUUCUGAUACUUUUACAAGUUCUAGCCCCUAAUAACAUUAUAUGGGUGGAUAAGAGGAAGCUUAGGAAAACGAGAAAAAAAAAGCUAAAUAAUGUUGAAGUCAACAACAGAUGGAGAGACAUUAUACGUAUAGAUGUAAAAGAGUUAAACACACCGUAAUGGAUGUCAACAUAUACAUCUGGGUAGAUGUGAGCGAUGUGGUAAUUAGUGGCAUGGAAAAAAAGCCUAUUUCUAUCCAAAUAGUGAUCACACUAUGGAAUUUCCUUGCAGAGGAAGUGGUGACGAGCAAAUUCAGAAAGGGAAUGUAAGGUGUAAUUGGAGAGGCGCCUUGAGAAAAGGAGAGUUAUAGGAAUUUGUAACAAAAAUACAUUACCCUACAUUAGGGCACGUCGAUCCAUUACACCAUCACAUAGCCAUUACUACAGUUUGAUGCUUUCAUUACCCACUGAGGUCAGCAUGGAAUUCUGAAAUGGAAUUUACUGCCAUACUGAAUUUCAUUUGGAACUUCACUAAGCGAGCCUUGGAAAACGAAAAAGUAAAAAAAAACAAAAAAAACUCAAAUUAAAUGUGUUAUCCAAUAUUUUAUAUAGUUUUGUAUAGCACACAACAGCAGGAAUUUUUUUAAAUUAAACAUAGCAAGUAUUUACCAUUGUUAACGUGUUAUGUGAAUAAUUCUGGUUUGGGUGGAAAGAUAGUUUUGUUGGAGUGUACUGUUUCAUCUUUGUUAAGUUCAACACCUGGUCUUGAGAUCGGACAUUUUUGUUUCCAGUUCAUGUAAAGUUAUUUAUUUAUUUAUUACUGUGCUGCAUUAAGCUCAUUGCUAUUUUGGCUUCUGUAGAGAUGCUUAAUGUAAGUGUCAAAAAUGAUGCUUAGAGAAAAUCCAGUAUCGCUUGGAUCUGGAUGUAUUAAGGAACGGGGAUGCAUGUAGGCACAGAAUUCUCAAGUGCCAUCCAAUCCCACCUCCAAACUAAUUAAAAAUAAAAACUUGACCAUUUAAAUAGGAGAAAUAUUGUUAUAUAUACACAGAUCUAGAGUGAGUAUGUAUGUGUAUAUGUAUGUAUGUGUGUAACUGUCUGUGUGCAUGUCACUGUGUUUAUGCAUAUCUGUGUAUGUGAGCAAUAGUGUGUAUUUGUAACAGCGUGUAGUGAUGUGCAUGUAGCAGUGUAUGUAUAGUGUGGGUAACAGUACAUGUGUUUGUGUGUGCAACAGUGUGAGCAGUAGCAGUAUGUACAGCAGUGUGUGUGUACAGUGUUGGUAGCAGUUGGUAGCAGUGUGUAUGUGUAACAUUGUAGUUAGUAGCAGCAUUAUAUAAUAGUGUGUGUGAACAGUGUAGGUAGCAGAGCGUGUGUGUAGCAAUGUGAACAGCAAUAUGAGUAACAGUAUGUGUCCGUGUGUUUUUGUGUGUGUGUGCGUACAACAGUGUAGGUAGCAAUGUGUGUGUGUGUGUGUCAUAAAUCAGUUGACUAUUCUGGUCCUAGUCCUAUUCAAUCUUCUUCCACCAGGGGAUUAAUGUGUCUCAAUGUGAGGGGCAAUGCACAGAACCGACUGAUCCCAGCGAUCCCAGAAUUCAGCUUCUCUGUUUCAGUCAGGAGAUAGGGAUGAACAUUUAACAGGCAGAGUAGGAUCUAAAUCAGGUAAGUGCCUAGUCUGUCUAACGGGUAAUCCGGCCCAUCAGAAGGUACCAACCAUAUCAAGACCUGAAAAGAGUUAAAGGAACACUAUAGUCACCUAAAUUACUUUAGCUAGAUAAAGCAGUUUUAGUGUAUAGAUCAUUCCCCUGAAAUUUCACUGCACAAUUCUCUGUCAUUUAGGAGUUAAAUCACUUUGUUUCUGUUUAUGCAGCCCUAGCCACACCUCCCCUGGCUAUGAUUGACAGAGCCUGCAUGAAAAAAAAACUGGAUUUUACUUUCAAACAGAUGUAAUUUACCUUAAAUAAUUGUAUCUCAAUCUCUAAAUUGAACUUUAAUCACAUACAGAAGGCUCUUGCAAUGUCUAGCAAGCUAUUAACAUAGCAUGGGAUAAGAAAAUCUUAAUUAAACAGAACUUGCAAUAAAGAAAGCCUAAAUAGGGCUCUCUUUACAGGAAGUGUUUAUGGAAGGCUGUGCAAGUCACAUGCAGGGAGGUGUGACUAGGGUUCAUAAACAAAGGGAUUUAACUCCUAAAUGGCAGAGGAUUGAGCAGUGAGGCUGCAGGGGCAUGUUCUAUACACCAAAACUGCUUCAUUAAGCUAAAGUUGUUCAGGUGACUAUAGUGUCCCUUUAAGCAACUUGGACAUUAUUUGGGGAUAUAACAGUGAACCCUGAAUGCACAGAAAAAAUAUUCCUUCUUCAGCAGGCAAUAAUGUAUCCAUUCUUAUAUACUGUGCUGUUUAUUCAGAACCAAAGGUCCUAGUUACGUGACAUGGUUUGGGAAUGCCGACACUCCAUUGCCACUUCUGUUUGUAAAUGGCUUCAAUGUGAGCAUUGCCUAUUGCUAAGUACUCUAUUUUUGUGCCCAUAUUAUUUUUCGAUUUAUUAAUUGUCACAGCUUUUUUACUUUAGCCAGUAUAUUGCUCUUACUGUUUCAAAUAUCUUCGGAAAUAAUCCGUUUUGCAAAUAAAAUAUUUUUUAUUGUGGACAUUUGGAAUAAUGGACUGCACAUUACAGAUUCCUUUUAAUCAUAGAUCCUGUCUAAAAAGAGGGAAAAACUAAGACAAAAUGUAUAUAGUCCAUGCCCACACCGCUAUAGCACUGUAGCUUAUUGGUGCUUUCACAAAACAAAAAACAAAAAAAACCUUGCUUCUGCAUUAUCCAUACAAAUAUUUCCAAUUAGGAUAGCAACGAUAGCCACCUAAGCCACAUUCACAUCUUAUCAUAGUUUUAAACAUUGUGGAUAAUGCAGGGGGAUGCUGUGGAUAAUGGCGCCCAUAAAAUCCGCAUUGUAGUGGUUAUGGUGCAUAGUGUGUUCCUUUAAUGAAAGUAAGUUAAGUGUGUGUUCGUUAAGCCAUAACACAUAGCUAGAAUAAUGCAACUAUUAUUUUAAGGCACAGUACGUUUAAAAAAAAUAAUACUGUGCAACAACAUGCAAAAGCAGAAUGCUGAUCGAUGAAUUGCUGAACAACUACAGCCACAAGGGGGCAGAAGCUUACUUUAUCUUAUGUACACAUAGAUAACUAGUGGUUCAAGGUUUGCUAAUGGUGCAGGAGUUAUAGAAAACCUUGUGUAAGCUGAACACUGGGAAAUUUGAUAACUGUUGUUGAUUAUAGAGCAGAACUGAGACACAAGGGUAACAUUUUUAUCUCUGAGUAACCGGUAGCUCUUUGGCACUAGUUAUCGCCUUAUUAAAUUGCUAAUCAAGGCAAUGGAGAUUCAGGGUUAGUAUAACAGGACAGCAAGAGGUGAUGGAGUCCUUAUCAAAUGAGAUUACUGUCUUCAAAGACAACUGCUACCAAUUUUUCAAUUAACAUUUUUUGAAAGUUUUUUACAUUUAAUAAAAUGUAAUUAUAUAUAUGUAUAUUUUUCAGUAUUCAGUGCUUUACAAUGUUUUAAAGGGAAGAAUUUGGCAACAAAUGAGACAAACUACCCAACUAAACAUACUGACAGGAGGUCCUUCUUUAGAGGGUACUGCUCGAAUUAGCUUCUGUAAAUUACGUAUCUUGAUUUUUGAAGAACUUUUUACUUGUUUAUCUGGCUGAGCAGCCAUAUUGGGUCAGACACUAUUGUUAUCAGAUCAACUGCUGCAUUUUUCUUCAAAGUGGAUUUUAGACUUGUACAAAAAUUUAGUUUGGGCUGGUUUCUCCAAAUUACAAUCUUUGUUUACGAUGCGAUACAAGCAGAAUAAAAAAAUAAAUUAUAAAACAGAUUUAAUACAUUUUGCUGGAAAUUCUUUGAAAAUUAGACUUAAAAUUUCAGUGCUGCUUUGAUAAAUCUCCUUCUGCUUCUUGCGGAGGGGGUGUAUUCUACCUUUAUACAAUACUGAUGCUAGAGAAGCCGUCCUUACAAGAAAGAGCAGAACCUGGUAACAAUCAAUGUUACCAUAUGUCUUCUCUUAGCCCAGAAAACAAUACAAAAUAGCAACAUAUCUCCUUGACAAUGGAGCUAAAGUCUAUUACUCAUUGUACUUUUAAGGAAAUACUAAAAUAUUCCAUCCUCCACCCCUUGAAAGUUUCAAUCCGAUUUAUUGAAAUUAUAUUAAACUUCUUGUCCUAGUUGUUUGCUACACGAGUGAAUAUUUAGAAAUGAUAACUCACGUUCAUUCCAAUUCCCGGAUAUGUCAGCUUUAUUCUCCAAGUACUAGACACAAGCCUUGAAAGCUCUGUUACUUAACCAUUUGAAUACUGAGUCUUUGCCGAAAAUAAAAUAAAAGUAAUGUUGAUGUUAAACAGGAAAUGCUGAGCAAGCUGUUUAGAAAAAAUAGCAGCUUUGUUAAAAUUUUGGUGUUCAGAGAUACCUAAAAAAUAAAAAAUGCAGAUGAUGCACCUUUAGAAAUUGUUCUUUUUUGUCUUUUGAAGAAAUAUCAUGAAAACCAGGGACAUGAGAUUAUUUUGAGGUAUCUCUUGUCUUGCAUUACAUGUGACAAGUUCAGAAAAGUUAGAAAGCCAGAUACCUUUUCUACAGUAUCCGCUGACAAAGGUAUAUUUGUAACGUAUGUAUCCUAUGUUUGCACAUUGACCUCUCAUGUUUAUUUACUCCAAAAGUCCCAUUUCCUUCAACUAAAGGAUAAAAAAAUUGAAUGCUUUCAUUCCAUUUCAAUGCUACGUGUCUGUUAGUCCACCCAUUGCAGAGUGCUGCGGGAUUUGUUGGUGCGCUAUAAAUAAUUUUAAUAAUAAUGAAAAAUAGGCAGCAAAAUCCUCAUCUGUUAUUGUCUUCCACCUGGACUACUGAAACUUUCUUGAUGGCUUUCCUCUUAACUAAAUGUCUGAAUUUCUGUUUACCCGGAAUGUUUCUGCCAGACUCAUUUACCUUAGACCUUAUUUAUUGUCUGUAGUUUCCAUCUGUAGAACUGACUGAUUGUGGCUUUUAGAAAUACAUUGAAAAUCCUGAUUCAAAAAGUCCAUCAUGAUAACAGUUUGACCACAUGAAAGGCUAAAUGUAUCUUUCCUGGAGAAAUAGUUUAUAUAUAUUAUAAUUCUGCUGUCCUUCACAUUUCUCUCCUUAUCAAUGCAUAUUUCACAUGCAUCCUCCAGAAACGAGAGUCCACUUUCAUCAACAUCCUCUUCCUCUAUCUACCAGUGUUUCACGAGAAAAAGGUUCUGGUGGCAAGAUAGGAGAAGAUAGUUUUAGAUGAUGUUUGCACAAUUAGCUUUUAACUCCCAGUUUCACUUCUACAAAAGGUAUUAUUUCCUUACUUAUGCUUGUUGUGCAGUGUCAAGUAAUAUAGACAGGGGGAUGGUCAAGGGAGAGGUUACAGUGGGUGCAUUCUACAAAACCGACAUAUAUUUGAUUAAAAAGACUUGAGACUCUUACACACUAACCUUAUUUUCUGGUUGCAAUUCUCUUUUUGCACCGAUAUGCAGAAGUUCAAUAAAACAUGUAAUUACAAAAAGACAUGAGACUAUAUGAGGGCCAGUCCAGGAGUAAGCUUAGGAAAUAUGCCCACUCAUGGCCUAUACUUAUGGAAUGACUUCACUUCAUGUUGGUGCCGAGACAUCACCAUCAACAUUGUGAUGACUGUACAGGAACAUGUUCGUUAUAGCAAACCAGUCUUUAAAGUUCUUAUAUAACAGUCUUAUAUAACUAUUUUAUCAAAUGCAGGGAUGUAUACAGCUGCAAAUGCAAAAUAAACAAAACAUUCCAUGCUAGCAUAGGGUAUUCAGGGAACAUAUUGUGAUCCUUAAUGAGUAAUAAAUGUGGUCCUUAAGGGGUUAAGGUUGAAUCUUGUUUUGCAAAUACUUAGUUUUACAGAGGCUGCCAUGGGGCUUAGCCUCUGCCCUCACCUUUCUAACUGUUGAACUUCAGUUUCUUUAGAACAUUUAAUUACCCCCAAACUAAGAGCCUGUUCAUCAACUCAAACCAUCAUUUUCCACUGAAAUCAACUGUCUGGUUGACAUAACCUUCCUUUCUUCGCCUAUAGAACCAGCUUUCUCCGCACCUCUGGUUUCAGCUGUCCCAAAUUCCUUCUAGAACGCAGGCUUGCGAGUUGGUCUGUCGCAGUCUGCUGUAUCAGAUUGCCCCUGUCCAUCAAAUCCAGUUUUAUAUUUAUCCUUGAGUAGUUUCUUUUUCAGUGUAACGGAAUUUACUGGUGUUACAUACAUAAAUGGUAACCAUAUGCUCAUUGUUUGUUACUGAACCUUGUGUGGUUAAUUCACUAAGGCAGAAAUUGUCAAGAUUGGAUAAGAAUUUGCUCAUGUUAGGCCAUAAUCGUUGAAUCGGAAAAUGAAAUACAACUCAACUCAACUUUUUAUGUUCUUAGCUUAGUUAUUUAGCAUGACAAUUGGAAUUCACCUGUAAGGUAUCUCCGAUUCCCAAUUUAGAGUUCCGGUACUGAAUUAUGCAAAAGAAAAAAAACAAAAACAAAUAAAUUAUAAAUAUACAAAACCAUACAAAAAUCUAAUAUGCGUUGCUCAAAUUGGAAUCAUCAGUCAACACAGGUUUUCAUAAUAACGAGUCUUGCGCCAAAAGAGAUCUUUCUGUUUCUGUUGCAUGUCAGCUGAAAAAAAAAUGCAAAUACAUAUGCUGAUUUGUUAGAUUAGACUGAAUGUCAACAAUAAUAAAUUAUGCAUCCCUGACGGCUGACUGAGCAUCAUGGGAAAACAGUUCACAACAGCUGAAGUGUCAAAGGUCUGCCAUUCUUGGUCUGGGUGAUAGAAUUUUUAUAAUCUACUGUCGACCGUGAAUUGUAAUAACAAAAAUAAAGAUUUUAUCUGUGCCAACCAUCCACAAGUUUGCUUUUUUGUUUUGUUUUUUUUCUUAUCAGCCUUUUUUUUUUUUUUAAUCCUUAAGUUCUUGGUAAAUUUUGAUUCCUUCCCCUCUGCCUUCAUUCCUAUUUUUAAAUUUCUCCUGCCUCUUCCAGGCCCUCAGAGACCUGCUCAUGAAUUUGAAGCAUUCAUUUUCACCAAUGUUUGUUGCUAUCCUGAAAUCCAGUUGCCAUGGUGAUCCAAAUUCCAUGCGUGCUGGCCGCGUUCCCAGAUCGUCUCCGUAAUACCUUGAACGCCAAAGAAACAAGGAGGAGGAGGGGUGUGAGGGGGGUAACAUUGAAAAUUAUAAAUACAAAUUAUUAAUAAUACAUUGCGGAAAUUACUGCAUUUUUGGGGUGGGGGGGGGCAGAGAGCUGUGCUUUUGGGUAAAUAUAUCACGCAAACUCUGGGAUAGUUGCUGUUGUGACCCCCCAAAUUUUUGUCACUGGUAUGCGUACAUACAUGGUACAUAUGGGACAAAUUAAAAUACCAACCUACUUUUUUCCUUUUAACCCAUGAGAAGGAUACAAAGAAUUAGUUGUGCAAGAGUACAGGAAAGACAAGGUUCCGAUUAUAUUUAAUACUUUUCAAAAUACAAUUGUCGCUCCAAAAUUAUUUGUUGAAGAGCACUUAUAGCAGCGCAUAAGCUGUCUCUACAUAAUGCUACCAAAUGUGGAAAUGAGCAAAAUUGCACCGUUUACAAGGCAUCUCAUAGAUUGUAAACUUGUUUGAGCUGGGCCUUCUUCAAUUCUUGUCUCUGUUAUGUUCUGUAUGUGAAUUACUAUUUGUCAUGUAACCCUAUUCUAUAAUUGUAAAGCACUGCAGAAUAUUCUUAUUGGGAGUUAUAUGGCACCAACUUAUUUUUCAGUCCUUUACAACAUAUGAGAAGUUUAUCAAUAAAUGAGACAACUAUUACAAAUGUUGACAGGAACAAUAAGUUGAUGAAGACCCUACUCAAAUGAGCUUAAUAUGUUGGCGUUAUAUAAAUGUUAGUAAUAAUAAUAAUAAUAAUAAUAAUAGAAAUAAUGUAUGGUACUAGACCAUGAGAGUUAGCACUAAUAAUGCUGUGCACUGGAGACAAAAUAUAUUUUUUUGAAAAUGUAUCUCUUCUACUUCCUGUUCAUAGUAAACGUAAAGUUGGAUUUAAGGCUAAGAGUUACUUUAGAAUCCACAAGCGCUAAAGGCUGCAGGAUCCUUACAGGAUUAAGGUUUACAGAUUACAGAUCCCAAUACUAAGCUCCCAACCAUAACAGGAGCUUACUUUACUGCUACUUGGAUUAUAUGUUACAAUGUAGAAGGUCUUGAGAAAAGUCCAGGAGGACUGAAAUGUUGAUGUUUAUUUGUGCUAAAUAAAAGCAUUUUUACUUUACUACUACAGUCUCGAGAGUGCACUCAUCUUCUUUCCUAUACAGUGUGUAUAUAUAUAUAUAUAUAUAUAUAGAAUAUUCCAAAAAUAAGGCUUGCACUCACGGUCUGUAGUAAUGUUAAAAAUAUAUUUCUUCUUUAUUCCAAUAUUCUUAAAACAAAUCUGUAGUCAUCAACGUUUCAGCCAUCACUCGUGGCUUUCAUCAGGAUCAGUUCAAUAUGGUAUUGAACUGAUCCUGAUGAAAGCCACGAGUGAUGGCUGAAACGUUGAUGACUACAGAUUUGUUUUAAGAAUAUUGGAAUAAAGAAGAAAUAUAUUUUUAACAUUACUACAGACCGUGAGUGCAAGCCUUAUUUUUGGAAUAUUCUAUAUUGUUUGGCUAUGGCUAUUAUGCACCCGGCAUUUUUUGAAUUUUGCAAGUGUGUGUGCAGGGUACCAGUGCAAGUUAUAUAUAUAUAUAUACAUAUACACAUUUUGAGUUCUGCCCAAAUGAAGGAUUAAAUAGGGCCUCCAUGAAGGUGCUAAAGAUUAGUAAGUCUAGCAUAUGUCAAAUUAUACGGAUCUAAAUCUGCAGUCAUAUCUCUGAGAACCCAAACAAUGUCAGCAUGACUUGUAUCAUGGCUUUCUCUCCUAAUUACAUCUGAGUAGAUCUUCUUCUCUCUGUAACCAUCCUCAUCUGACUCUUUAACACCCACCAAUAUCCUGUGUUGCGAUAGAAUCCCAGUGAAUAAAAUGUAUGGCACUUAACAUUUAAACUAUGCCAAGCAUUGCCUACUUGGUAGAUUAAACAAAGCACGAUGAUUCUUUACAACCUGACGUAGAUCAAUCAGCUGGUAGAUGAUAAGCUACAAGGGAUUAUAUGUCAUCUACGAAACCACACCUGCCAACAUUGCAAUAAAUGGCACCAGUGAGAACGCAUUAGCCACAUGCUUAUCAUAAGAAUGCUCUGUGAAGACACGCAGAACGAUAAAGGUGAGAGAAUCUGAAGUGAAACAGCUCAUGCAAAUAGCUUUAUAAUGGGCGGGUGUACAUGGAUAUAGAGGUAUGUAAGACAAAACUUGCUUUGGGGAUACAGAAUUUACGAAAUCUCAUUGACAAAUUAUGGCCUUGAUUUAAUAUUUUUGGACAAGCUUUUGAAAUGAUUUAAUAUUUUUAGAUAAACUUUUUUAAUUAUUUAAUAUUAUUUGAUAUAUUGAUAUACUAUUUAAUAUAUAUAUAUAUAUAUAUAUAUAUAUAUAUAUUGUUUGUAUUUUGAAAUUGUUUUUCUUAAAAUCGAGGCCUAUGUUGUAAGUAGCAUAUAAAGUAGAUAGAAAAUAAUCUCUAUGUGUGAAUGGAUUUAAAGUAUAUUCUAUUUAUUUUUUUUCAAGCUUUGUAAUAACCAGGAGAUUUGCAGUUUGAAUCAGAUCAAGUACCAGUUGGUGACUAUAAAAUAAUUUGGGCUAUAUAGCCAUUGUACAGAUUUAAUUUGCAAUGCAGAAAAGUUUCAACCUUGGAUUUUAGUGGUAUAAUUUAAUUUCUAAAUGGUAAGGAACAAAUAUAUUCAAGCUAAGGAGACAGAGAGUCAUUACCCUCUAUAAUAACAUAUCUAAACCAGAAUGUAAUGCUAAAGUAAAAAAAUAAAAUAAAACUAAAUUAGGUAAAAACAGCCUCAGAUGAACAACAACACGUGACAUGUUACACAAUGUCAUGAUUUAUUUAACAAAAAUAAAGCCAAAAUGGAGAAGCCAUGUGUAAAAAACUAAGUACACCUUAUAAUUCAAUAAUUUGUAGAAGCACCUUUAGCAAUAAUAACUUGAAGUAAUCAAUUUCUUUAUGACUCUAUCAAUCUCUUACAUCAUUGUGGAAACUGUUUUGACCCACUCAACGCUUCAGUUCAUUCUGGUUUGCUGGCAUUUGUUUAUGCACAGCCCUCUUAAAGUCCCAUCACUUCAGUUGGGUUGAGUAUUGGACUUUGACUUGGCCAUUGCAAAACCUUGAUUAUUUUCUUUUCCAGCCAUUCUGUUUUAGAUUUGCUGGUGUGCAUGGGAUCAUUGUCCUGUUUCAUGACUCAAUUUCGGACACGUUUUAGCUAUCAGACAGAUGGCCUCACAUUUGACAUUACAAUACUUUGGUAAAUCGAGAAGUUCAUUAUCGACUGCAAGGUUCCCAGGUUCGGUAGCUGUAAAACAAGCCCAAAUAAUCACCCCAACACCACCACGCUUGACAGUUGGUAUGAGGCGUUUGCCCUGAUAUGCUGUGUUUGGUUUUCUCCAAAUGUGAUUCUAUACAUUACGGCCAAACAUCUCCACUUUGGUCUUGUCUGUCCAAAGCACAAGAAGUCUUGUGGUUUGUUCAGAUGCAACUUUGCAAACCGAAGCAGUGCUGCCAUGUUCUUUUUAAGAGAGAGGAAGCUUCCUCCUGGCAACCCUUCCACGUGAACCAUACUUGUUCAGUCUUUUUCUAAUUGAAUUAUCAUGAACUUUAACAUUUAGCAUGCUAACUGAGCUCUGUAGUAUCUGAGAUGUAACUCUGAUACUAUUUUUAACUUCUCUGAGCAUUGCACGGUCUAACCUUGCAGUGAAUUUGCUGGGACAUCCACUCCUGGAAAGAUUGGCAACAAUUGAAUGUUUUCCAUUUUUGAAUAAUCUUUCUCAUUGUAUAAUGAUGAACUUUAACCUGCUACUUUCUGCUAGCUGUCUAGGCUGGCCAAAACUGAUACUGAUAAUGUGGAGAUGUAAAUUCUGCAAGAUCAAGUCAGCUGCAGAGGGACCGUCUCUGGGUAUUACUGAGGACACUAUUUUUUGACGAACUGAUCCCAGACGGUUUGACAGAAAAAUAAGAUUGUGGCUAUAGACUUUUGGUAACUUUCAGGGACUGUUUGGAACAGGGAAUAAAUAUAAUACUAGCCAGGGGAGAGCUGGCAGCCCAUUGCAGUUGAGUGGCUCAUUGCACCCCCGAAUUAGCUCACCAUCCAUGUCCACCUUUUCCUGGUCUUAUAAAGGAUAUUGAUGUUAUGUUAAUCAGUAGCUCUUUUGCCAUACCCACUCCUUUGCGGCUCCGACUUUCAAUGUUGUUAGAGCGCAGGCUGAGAAUCUCUGACUGAGAACCGGAACCACAAGGGAGAGGAUAUGAUCUGACUGCACCUACUGCUGGUGCACACCAAUGGACCACCAGGGAAUCGUUUAAAUUAAAAAUGCUGGUGUCCCAAACUUGUGAGCUGUUUUGGCCGCCGGGCGCGUCUGUUGUCAUGGCGCCCUACGUGACCCCACAGCUUGCACACCUCAAAGGCUGGCCCUGCUGACAGACACACUGGCACUCACUCUCAAUAACACACACACACAAACCCUGACAGACAAACACUCACUGACAGGCAGACACAUACACACACAGACAGACACACUGACAGGCAGACACACACAUUCACUGAAAGACACUUACUUGACAGAUACAUUUACUGACACACACACUUACUGACAGACACCAGUGCCAUCUUAACAACAUUAUUGGCCCCCGGGCAAAGCAGUGCACUGGGGCCCUGUCUACACAACUUAGAUACAACAAAGAAUAUAUUUAGAAGUACCUCCAAUUAAUGCAAUGCAUACAUACACACGACGACUGCUGAAUACACGCAUACAGACUGCUGAAUAGACACACACAGACAGACUGCUGAGUACACACAGAGACAGACUACUGAGUACACACUGACAGACUGCUAAGUACACAUAGAGAGUGGUGAAUACAUACACACAGUCCGCUGAAUACAAACACACACAAACAUACACACAGACGGCUGAACACACACACACAGACUGCUGAAUACACACACACUGCAGUGAGGGGUGCAGGGUAUGUGUGUACGGGUGCGGUGUGUGUGGGGUGCUGUGUGAGUGUGGGGUGCUGUGUGUGUGGAGUGCUAUGUGAGUGGGGUGCUGCGUGUGUGUGGAGUGCUAUAUGUGUGUUGGGUGCUGUGUGUGUGUUUGAGGGGUGCAGGUAGCAAAUGUUUUUUGUUUUUUUAAUACUACUAUACAUUAAAUAAAAUCUAUAUGCCCCACCACCCUUCUUCUUACCUUUGGUGAAAGAGGCUGGGACACAGCCAGCCCUGGUGGUCCAGUUGUGAAUUCUGUACAACCUGCAGCUUGUCUGGCUGCAGGCUGUCUCCUGUCCUCCUGUGGGCAGAAUGCUGUGUGGAGCAUUGCCAUGGUAAUGCGCGGCAACGCUCUACACAGCCUGCUUGCGGAACGAGCGAACUGCCUUACAGGUCGGCCUGUCCUGCUGCCCUGGGUCCUAGCUACCUCUCUCCCCGAUUGAAGGGAGAUCUUCCUCACCGGCCCAAGGCCAGAAAACAGGGCCACCUCUCCAUUGGCCCGCAGGGUAGAUCAAAGGAUCUCCCCUGUCGGCCGGGCAUGCUGGGCAGCGCGGUAGGGCCCCCAUGCCGGUGGGGCCCACAGGCAACUGCCCAGUGUGCCCAUGCGGAAAGACGGCCCUGACAGACACACACACUUCCAGAUACAGACACACGCACUUACUGACAGACACACACUUACUGACAGCACACUCACUUUCAGACACACACUCACUGACAGACAGAUACACACACACACUCACUGACAGACAGAUACACACACUCACUGACAGACAGAUACACACACACUUACUGACAGACACACACACACACUUCCAGACACACAAUGUCACACACACACUUCCACACACACACUGACAGACAGAUACACAGAUACUCACUGACAGAAAGAUACACACACACACACACUUACUGAGAGACACACACUCACACUUCCAGACACACACUGUCACACACACACUCACUUCCAGACACACACACACACACACACUUCCAGACACACACAAACACACUCACUUGUUCUGGACACACACACACACACACUCACUUCCAGACACACACAAUCACUUCCAGACACACACUCACAAAUUAAUUUUAUUUCUUGUUGCUCCUACCUUUGAGUUCUCUGGGGCCUCUCCCUGGGGUCCAGUGUCUUCGAUGAUCUUCCUGCUCCUCUCUGCUCCCUCGCGCAGUUUAGUGAUGCGGGGCCGGAAUUAAGUCAUAUUCCGGCUCCCGGCAUCACCAGAGAGGGCGCGCGAGGGAGCAGGAAGAUCAUCAGCAGAGGCCGCCUGCCUCCUUCCUCACGCGGCCAGUAUAUUACUGCAGAGUAGGCUCCUGCCAUCUUGCUACCGGGGCGCCAGGGACCGGCGUUGCAGCGGCCAUUUUUCUAAUUAUUUAGGGCAGCCUGGGGGGCAAUUGCCUCCCUGCCCCCCGGCCCAGCACACCCCUGAUGCUAGCAUUCUAAUCUAAACAUUCCUUAUUCAAAAUGGCAUCUAGUCAUUCUGAAGCUGUAAAUUGAUUUUAUGUACAUUUUGGCUACAUAUAUAUAAACUACCUAUAUUAAAUCAUAAAGCAUUUACUGGAAUAAAUGAUAUUAUACAAUUUUAAAGAUAGCACCAUGACCGUUAAUAUUUAAAUGGUUUGAUAGCGAUCAUGUGAGAAUGCAAUAAUCUGAUUUAGAUUAUUUCUACAGGUCCCAGAGCAAUGGGCAAUAUCUACUAUCUGACUAGGAAUGGGUUGCAAACAUUCUUGCUGGAAUUCCCCACAUAUCUCAUGUCUUUCUUCAUAAUAUUUCUGCAUUCUUUGCGGCAAAUGGAAUUUUAAAAGCUAAACUUAACGUGUUUUUUUAUUUUUCUGAAGCUUUGAAAAGCCAUGUUUGUUUUCAGUUGGUCCUUACAGUAUGUUUGUGUUUCAUCUCCUCUGGAAGUUGCUAGGUAUUUACAGAUGGGUAAAGAAAACAACAUUUACAGACAUUUGAAGUGAAAUCUGGUAGUUUGAAAAAGAGUGUGAAUUACCCUCUAUAAAUUGAGGGGGGGGGGAGGGGGGGAAUCAAAACACGCACACACACUACCAAGAUGAAUAGUUUUUGUAGGAAUUUAUCUUAAAGCAUUCCCUCACAAACUACAUCAGCUAUAACAUUCGAAGUAUUAAAACUAUGCAAACCAGACAGAUUUCUCAGUUGUGAUAGUUAAACAAUUCUAUAAAGGUGCUCAAUUUGUUAACCGUAACAUGCUUUCCAGAUUUCAUACAAGAUCCAACGCACUCAUUUAUUCACUAAACAGCAACUUCAAAGCUCAUAGAAUGUAAUAGUUUUAUAUGUUUUAUAAAAAAACUGACUUAGGGGGGGGGCGGGGCCGGACCGCCGAGCUAGCUGGUCGCAAACAACGACAAUUAAGCUGAAAAACCAUGCCUAAUCACCUUUAAAACGACCACCAGCGACAGUACCCAGAGCACAGGGACUGCUGGACCUUGGGAGAGGCUGGCUCAUCGAGCUUCAGUCCCCAGGAGGAGAUGGCCACACUUCCACAAGCAGGGCCUUCUCUGGCGGUGAGUGGGGCGGACGGCCGCUGCCCCACUAUCCUGCACCACAGUACCCAGCUUGGGGCACGAAUCCAGGUGGAUCCGGACCCGUUCCCCCCCCCUUGGACCGGUGGGGGUGAUCCCGGUCCUCACCCUGUGGCCCUACUUCAGAGAACACAAAUGGAGUCGGGGGACCCGAGAGCGGCCUCCAAGAUGGCGGGCGCCAUGUGCGCGGGAAGCAGGGGGAAGAUCUGCGCCAUCUUCGUGAUAGCAGCAGACAACAGGGCUCCAACACCCCAACCCUGCAACAGAGAGGGGCGGACAACCCACUACCUACCCUCGCACCCACACAUGCCGAAGUCAAGCAGUACAUGCGACCCCGGCAAACGGAUCAUGGCGACCGCACUAGGGGGACGGGAUGUGGCGCCACUACCACUCCAGCCCGGGAAAUCAGAGCCUGAAACAAAGAGAGCUACCUCCACACGAGGACCCACCUCACACUCACCUGCCUCCCACCGCGACCCAGAUAACGGCAAACUCAGGUGAUUACAACGUAGCUACUACCCAGGCCUGACACCAGCCCUCAGAAGCAAGUUUCAUAACAGGAGGUGGCCAUUCAAGAACACUCAGCGAGGACCCCACAGAACAACAGGGACUAUGCCUGGAUACCUGCUCUGACGGACACUCGUUCCCUGCUACACAGCACUAGCAGAGCAGGUAUCAGUUAAACUGAGACCUCCACCCUCCCCCGGCAGUGUGGGCUUGGGACCACCCUGACACCAGCCUUCAUCACGGAGAAAACCCGGGUAACCCCCCUGAUACAUCAGGGUGCCAGAACUCUUAUGGUGACCUACUGGAAGCACACAAGCAAAUUAUUUAGCAUUCUGUUUUGUGUAUUAGCCUAAUGUACACGCAGUCUACACGGCACUUACAAGCACACACUCACAUAGAUAUCACUGCCCUACAAGCAACGCACAAACCAACACACCACAUCCACACAGCAGCAUGUCAUACAAAGCCAAACAUACCCAACCAAGUGAGAACCUAUAUGACUGUACCCCUGACCUAGUUGUGCAUUGAUAAUUAUGACUGGAGGCUGAUACGCGAAACUGUAUAUCUCCCAAUAAUACAUGGACCAACGACUGACCUAGCCAAUAAUGCAAACAGAGUGUAAUUCAUGUUUAAAGCUACCGUCCCAUGCUUAACUAAUACUUGCUACAUGACUCAAGCUUGUUUGCCUUUCGUUAGAAGUGUGUUCACAUUAUUUUGUCUCAACAAGUAGCCUACAUACAAACCAUCAGCUUAAGGGUUAAUACUUACAUUAUAUGCAUAUUUGACCUAGCAUGUCUACUACUAAUUGCUAAAGUUUCAUAGCCUGUGAUCUUCAUGUUAUAUAUACAUAUAUAAAAAAUGUGCUGUUUACAUUGCCACACUUUGUGAUACCUUGAAGACGCCUGCAGAUGCUGUUGUGGCCCUGCUCGCAUGUUGUUAACUCACGCACAAAUAAAAUAAAGAAUUUAAAAAAAAAAAAAAAAAAUGACUUAGGCAAAAAAUAAUGGUUGUUUAGUUACAGUAUAUCAUCAUACACUGCGUAAGCCUGCCACAAUGCCAAUGUACCCCAUUUUUUCACAGCUCAUAUCCUAGAUUUAUUUCUUUACAGAUUUAACCUUCUCUUAUACUUCAUUAAAGUGGCUAAGGUCAUAGAUGGUGACAUUGCGACUUGGGUAGCCAAGUGAUGCAGCAAAAAUGAGUUAUAAUUACCUGAUGCUGUCCCCGAUGGGUGCCGCCAUCUUUGAUUGAUAGCUCCUGGUGCUUCGUCCACCAGGUGUCCAAGCACAAGAGCACAACGCUGAUGUCUAUGGAUGAUCCCAUGAGACCGCAAGAGUCUCCAUAGAUAUUAUCACGCAAUGAGCAAAAUGAUACCUUAUUACCACUAUACCUUGUUAUUAACGAUGACUUUGGGAUGUGACGAAACUUGAAAGCAGCAGCUACGCCUAAUGUCAAGUUUUGUCGUGUUAUAUAAGUCCCUACUUUGUUUUAUGAUUUAUUUAUGAGCAUUUCAUGAUGAUUUUUUCUUUAUGAAAAGUUCAAUAUUUUUCUUUGGUGACAGAAUCACUUUAAAGGACCACUAUAGGCACCCAGACCACUUCAGCUCAAUGAAGUGGUCUGGGUGCCAGGUACCCCUAGUUUUAACCCUGCAGCUGAAAACAUAGCAGUUUCAGAGAAUUCCAGCCUCUACUGGCUGUCUCCCUGACAGCCACUAGAGGCCGCUUCCGCGAUGCUUAAUGCAAAAAUCGCAUUGAACUCACACUGGACGUCCAUAAUAAAGCAUUGAGUAAUGCUUUCCUAUGGGUGGUUUGAAUGCGCGAGCGACUCUUGCCGCUCAUGUGCAUUCGGAGCUGACUUCAGCAGGGGGAGGAGAGGUCACCAGCGCCGAGCUAGCCCGGCGCUGGUUUAAGGUAAGUGGCUGAAAGGGUUUUAACCCAUAAGCCCAGCGGGAGGGGUGCCCUGAGGGAGGGGGGGACCUAAUAACCCUAUAGUGCCAGGAAAAUGAGUUUGUUGUCCUGGCACUAUAGUGUUCCUUUAAGGUACUCCUAAUUGAGCUGCAUUGAGCUGCCAUUUUGCUUUAAAUUAAUUGAUUUGUAACCGUAAUGUUUUUUUAAUUUAUUUGUUGUCUACCAAGAUAUGAAAUGAAUAGAGGGAUGAAUGGGCUACAGUGGAAUAAUGGAAGAUAGGACAGUGAUUCUUUCAGAAGAUACAGAUUGUUUGUUAGUUAUGGGUCAGGGUGAGCAAAAGACCUUGAUGAUUCAAGACUGAUGAUUUAAAAUUAAAAAUAAAAACUUCAGUCUUCCUUCCAGUCAAGCAAGGGGAAGUUAUUAACUACAUAUAAGAUAUUUUAUUGUAUAUUAUGCAAGAGUCGCAAAAUUCCCAGGAGUCAUACAGCAAUGGUAGUAGCAAUGCAGUCUCUCUUGAAUUCAGUGAAUGAGUGAGUGUGCUGGAUCUUGUAUGAUAUAUAUUGUGACAAACUCCCCUUUUCCUGUGAGUUUGCCACGAGUUUUUGGAGGGGCAUGUUUGCCAGCCUCCUGCCCCGGACAAUGGCUUAUGUAUUAGACCUGGCUUUAGGACUGUGGAAAGACUUUGUUCAUGCCUUUUCCCAUCUUCAGUUCAGUAUAUGGGGCUACCGAAUGGAUUAUGCUUAUGGGGUUCGUUUACCGAACAAACAACCGAACAGUCGGAACACACGCAAGUUGAGUGUGCAGCCGAUUUACCUCCCAGACUGGAAGUUAACUGCAGCCAAAUUGACGAAUGGCUGGGUGGUCGCCGUUCAUAUAGUCGUGGCGGCGGCCAUCUUGUUUAGUCGAACGCGUCCAGUGGUGUUUUUUCGUUGAGCGCAUGGAACUAAAAUCGGACACGAACACUGCUGGGACUCCCACCUCCAGUUAGGUUUGACUAGAAUUGCACAAACGGAUCACUGUUAGGUAGAAAUAAUCUACCGAACCAGAUACACUCACUGACUCUGUGCACGAACGGCUCCCUUCGACUAUUUGAAGGUUACUUUGAAUGUUGAAAUAGACCAACUGCACAGCCUAAUUCUCUGGAACUAUUUAGGGCAUGUAGCCAUGUGUGCAGUCAGUCAAAAAGAGACUUCCAGGAAUUUCCUGAACCCCUGCUCUCAUCUGGGUGAUUUUUGGAUAUGUUGUUCACCCAGAUCAGGGCUAUUAUGGGGAUAUGCUGUGUUUUGGGGUACUUAUGGGACUUUGUAAAAUAUGUGGUUUUUCUGCCUGGAGAUGAUUGCGUUAUUACAGUAUCUGACUCAAUUAACUCACAGGCAGGGAGGAGGGAAUUAUCUGUUUGUAUUGGGAGUGUCACACUUUGUCACUGUAUUAUUAUUGGCUGUAAACUUUGUGUCCCUGUCCCCUACAAGGUCCAUGUGGGAGCGCCCCUUGCAUGGGGACUUGCAUAAAAGGCCAUCUGUGGGUUCCAUUAAACACACUUGUUUUACCCUUCAUGAAGUCUAGGCUCAAGUUUGGGGGAUUGGAGAACUACAUUCACUCUAAAGAUUGCUAUAAUUACUAUACUCCCUUGAGCAUAAUCAUUAAGCUCUUGUAAGAGCUGUUCCUGCUACGCUCUCUGGACUAGGAGAGGUCUACCUACUGGAAGCUGGAUCCUGGUCUUGGGUCAAGGGUGGGUGGAGGACGGCGAGACCCCAACCAAGCUGUGGCGGUUUGGGGGGUUUAUGGUGUUCCAGUGCAGUGCUUAUGGUACUCACAAGAACUAGGAAGCAGCGAUUGAUGGAGGUACCCGGUUGGGGUGCAGGUGGUCCGUCAGAUAUUUAUAUAUAUAUAUAUAUAUAUAUAUAUAUAUAUAUAUAUAUACUGAUCAGCCACGACACUAAAACCACCUGCCUAAUAUUGUAUAAGUGCCCCUCGUGCUGUCAAAACAGCUCUGAUACGUUGAGGCAUUAACUCCACAAGACCUCUAAAUGUUUCCUGGCAUCAAGACAUUAGCAGCAGAUCCUUUUAGUUCUUGCGAGUUGCAACCUUCAUGGAACGGAUUUUGUUGUUCCAACACAUCCCACAGAUGCUCAAUCUAAUGAAGAUCUGUAGAAUUUGGAGGCCAAAGCAACACCUUGAACUCUUUGUCAUGUUCUUCAAAUCACUCCUAAACCAAUUUUCCAGUGUGGCAGGGUGCAUUAUCCAACUGAAAGAGGUCACUGUCAACUGCCAUAAAGGGGUGUAUGUGGUCUGCAACAAUCUCUAGGUAGCUGGUACGUAUCAAAGUAAUAUCCACAUGAACACCAUAACCCGAGGUUUUCCAGCAGAUUACCCAGAACAUAACAAUGACUCCACCAUCCUGCUUGCUUCCUGCUGCAAUCAUGUAAACAACACACAUGUACCUGGCCAUCCACAUAUUCUAAAAGUCUAAAAGAGAAUGUGAUUCGUCAGACUAGCCAACCUUCUUCCAUUGCUACAUGGUCCAGUUCUGACAUUCACGUCCCCAGUGAAGGCGCUUUUGGCAAUGCACAGAGUUCAUCAUGGGUACUGUAACUGGUCUUUGACUACUCUGCAAACUAUGAUGCACUGUGUGUUUUGACACCUUUGUAUCAUAGCCAGCAUUAAGUGUUUCAGAAAUCUUUGCUGCAGUAGCUCUUCUGUGUACUUGGACCAUACAAGCUAGCUUUUACUACACACGUGCUUUAAUGAGCCUUUGGAGCCCAUGAACAGUCAGUUCCUCGGUGGUACUAAUCACUGCAUAUUGGGAAUAUCCCACAAGACUUGCUUUUUCCCUAUUUUUGUAAAUUUAGUAAUAUAUUUCCUAUAACCCUGGAAUACUGAGGGUUAUACGUGAAACAUUUUGCUAAUUAUCUUAGCUGUUCCCUUAUUGGUAUUUAGUCAAGGUGUACAUUAAUGUUCCACUAUUAGAUAUAAUAAAAUAGAAUGCCUUUUUUUUUUUUUUUUUAUUGUUGCAAAAAAAAUUUCCACAUGUUUGUGUGUUGAAUACAUUUGAGGAAAUAAUAAAAUGACAGACAAGUGUAAUUGUCUUUUCUCUGCUGUCAAUAUUGUCUGAGUGGACAGCACAUACGAGCGAAGUUUGUUAUGAAUCGUUAAGUCUCAUGAAUCAGGAUUGAUAUGUUACAUUUGACUAUGGGAACUAUCUAAAUCUGUUUGUUUCCUUAGUAAUGUUAAUCAGUCAUUACAAAUAACAUAGUCAAAUAUUUGUCUCCCUAUAUAAGGAUGAGACCAGAUCAGUAGACUCAUCACUUGUAGGUGAUACAACUGCAAUGAAUUACGAACCAGGGAAUAAAAAUAUAAAGAUACACUCUAGGCACUAUAAGCACUUCAUCUCAUUGCAGUGGUCAUGAUGCCUAGAGAUCUCUGGUGCCAUCCAUCUUUUUAAGGUUAAACCAUUUUUUGCACAGUUUAAAUGGACACAAUAGACAUCAGAACAAACUACAGCUUAAUGUAGUUGUCCUGGUGAGUAUAGUCCGUCCCUACAGCUUUUUUGAGGUCAAAACUAUAUUUUCAGAGAAAUGUCAGUGUUUACAUUGCUGCCUAGGGACACCUCCAGUGGCCACUCCUCAGAUGGCUACUAGAGGUGCUUCCUCGUACAGUGCUGCACAUUGUGCAUGGAGACACUGAACUUUCCUUACAGAGAUGCGUUGAUUUAAUGCAUUUCUAUGAGGAGAUUCUGAUUGGCCAUGGUGGCAUUUGGCUCUGCUCCCGGCCUGUCUCCUUGGGUGAGAUCAUCAGAAUUGAUUAUGUCAGCCAAGGAGGUAGAUCAGGGGGGAAGAGCCAGCACCAGCAGACUGAAAUAAAGAUAAGAUUUUACUAUAUUUAUGGGGGCAAUAGGGAGAAGGCAGGUUUGCUAGAUAGUGUUUUUAACACUAUAGGGUCAGGAAUACAUGCUUGUGUUCCUGACCCUAAAAUGUUCCUUUAUCAUCGAAUGAGGGUCCCUUAUAUAUAUGCAAAUUUCUUAUUUGAAGCCUUUACAAGUCCUCCCAUUUUAACCCUGCCCAGGCUUUCUGUGGCUUUCCAAUCACAGACUUCCCAAUGCAGUGCAAUGAGAAGUCUUUACACAGCAGGUGUUCUGGGCAAUUGUAAGCCUUUUGAGUUUAGCUCCACUACUAAGCUAAACAUACAGGAAGUAACAGGACCGGUUGUCUGAUUGACAGCCAGGGGUGGCGUAACAAGGUUAAAUUAAAAAAGUUCUAACUUCUAUAGAAAUCUACACUCUCUGUAAAAUAAAUAAAGAGGACAUACUCUUCACACAUUACAUUUUUCAGCAAGUGAAACUGCUUUAGGUGUGUGGAGUGUCCCUUCAACGUUGUGUACUACUACUGAAAAUGGACAGGGCUAGUGGGUUAUUUAAAGUAGAUGUUAUAUGCUGAUUUUUAAAAACUGUAAAUUGCUUUAUUCAAAUUUAGCUGUCAGCUAUAUUGUUUGUUUUUUUGAAUGUACAAUUUAACAGUUAUACUCAUGGUAGUACAAAACACAAGGUUUUAGACAAGGCCAGAUAUGCCAGCAGGAAUAGUAGGCAGUGGAAAACAGGUGCCUGUCUGCUAGGGUCUCCUACUCUGUCUAUAAAUGUACAUCAUUGUGCUACAUGGUAAGUGAGAAAUAUACUUCUUGACUCAUGUGGGCAUCCUCCAAGUCACGCAGCAAGCUAAAGGCUUUGUUUUUGUUUGUUUUUUAAUUUGUAUUUAUUUAUUUAUUUUUGGAAGGACUGCACACAUUUGAAAUAUAAAUCCAGUAUAUAUUUUUUUUUUCUUCCAAUUUUAGAAAGUUUCGAAAUGUUAUUCAUUUAAAUCACUUGACGUUUUACUUAAACGCGCAAAGCCAAAACAAAAAAAUGCAGGUAACAAAUUUACUUAAGAAUGUUUGCUAGAUAAUUUUUACAUUUGUCAUAUGUUAACUGCAUCCUUCCCCAGUGAGCUGGUGUUGUUACGUAUUGUUUUUCCUUGUUGAUAUUGAAGGUCAUUUAAAGAAUGCACCUGCUUCACCUGACCUUUGAUAUGAAUGUGUUGCGUUACAGAGCAGCCACCUGAAUACAUUCUUUGUAAUGAAUGAUGCAAUCAUUAAAAACACAGGUACUUUACUUAUAUUAAAGGAAGCACAACAUGUUGGACCGUCAUAGUUGAGGCUGAAAGGCCAACGAAAAAACCAUUUAUGUAUUGUGUAAGCAGAGCCAAGAUGCAAAUAUUCCGAGAUAAGAACCCUGAACAAUGUUUUACUGGGGUGUAAAGAAAGCUUUGUAUGUUCAAUGAUCAACAACUCCAAGAAUUUUAUAGAACAUAGCUAGUGUCUUGCUGCCCCCUAGUGGCACGAUAUAAUAACUACAGCUUAAUUUCUGUUUUUUUUACUUUUCUAAUAGGUAUUCUUUCCUCUCUACUUUUCCCAUCAUGGCAUCAUCUUAAUGUUAUCUGGUGUUGUAAUGCACAUAACUUGGUUUUAUUGCUGUGGAGCUCUGUGAUACAUUUAUAAGCACUCCAGAUUAAUGCGAGUUUUAUUGUAAUUCAGCUAUGUGAUUGUCACACACAUCGCACAUUACUGUGAGUUUUAUUGAGUUUUAUGAAUGCCUAUAAAAAUCCAUACUUUGGUGUUGUAAUUAGAUAUUUAUUUCUAAUUGUGUCCAUCAGAGGUUUGCCAUCUGUUAAUCCAUCUGUGAUUCAUGUGUACACAUUCUCAGCAGCUUGCUGUUAGAGCUAUUGCUGGCUAAACUGUGUUCAAGUCAUUGGCUGAGUUUAAUUGGGGUUGAUUACAUCAGAAUUUUCUUAACAUCCUCUCCCUGCCAUAAUGUGUGCUGUGGAUAUGCACUCCCACCAAACUCAACCAGACUCUGAAUACGGUGAGCGUUGUAGUACAUCACAUGAAGACUUCUACAUGUAGUAUAUACAAGGGCACAAUACACAACACACUAGCAGACAUACUGUAAAAGUCAAGUGUCUCCACAGAACUACUAAUGGACAAAUAGAUGAGCAACUGGUACCCAUUCAAUAAUACAGUAAAACAUUCCGACUCAACAACUGACAGUAAAAAAAGUCAAAGAUUAAAGGGCUACUCUAAUCCUUUGUAUAUAGUGAUGUCCCGAAUGGUUCGCCAAACGGUUCGCCAUAGACGACGAACAUAUGCGCUGUUCGGUCCGCCCCCUAUGUCAUCAUUGAGUAAACUUUGACCCUGUACCUCACAGUCAGCAGACACAUUCCAGCUCCAUCAUUGAGUAAACUUUGACCCUGUACCUCACAGUCAGCAGACACUCCCACCUCCUGGACAGCAUCUAUUUUAUAUUCAUUGUGAAGCUGCAUUCUUAGUGAGCUGUCCAGGAGGUGGGAGUGUCUGGGAGGGAGGGUCUGCUGCUGAUUGGCUGGAAUGUGUCUGCUCACUGUGAGGUACAGGGUCAAAGUUUACUCAAUGACGACCAAUAGGGGCGGACCGAACAGCACAUAUGUUCACCGUCCGUGGCGAACCGUUCGGCGAACCGUUCGGGACAUCACUAUUUGUAUAACAUUUUUUUUUAAAUUUAGUUUAAAAAGCCCUACUGGACAUUAUUAAUUAGCCCCCUCCAAAUUUCCAUAAAGCUGCAACAAAAAUAAAUAAAAUUCACCUGGAAUCCAGUGCUGCUCAGAGCUGGUUUGCAAGUCUCUGUUGAUGUCACCACUGUCCGCAUUCAAAUGCUUCUCAUAGCAUGCGAGAGGAUGGACUGGAAGAUUUUAAACAAACAAACAAACAUAUAUAUAACCAGAAAUUCCUGUAUUCAGGCUAUUAAAUCCAUAUGAUGCCGGGUGCCAAAGCCAGGGCCUACCGAUACACAAAGUUGAGAAGUUAGCUGCACUCAUGGUCUUCUGUUAAAAUUUCAAGUCUUUAUUGGAGAAAUCAGUAAAUGUAGAUCAGUAAUACAGUAAUAUAUAUAUAUACAUAUUAUAUAUUAUUACUAUAAAUGCAGGAAGGCAAAGAGGGAGAGGGAGGGAAGAUCACGGCUUCCCCUUGCAGGCAGAUCUGCAAUUCUGCGAGGGGAGAAGUUUGUUGUGCCAGCGUGCUGACGACAGACAGAUUUUUUUUUUUCAUAUAUAAUCUUUAUUUCGCCAACAGCAUGAAAAAAAUUUACAUUACAGUCAAGUAUUUAUGCCAGGUAUGCAUGUUAUUACAUUACAGGUAUAGCUGCCAUCAUAAUGGUUCAGUGUUUUCAGUAGUUACUCUUUUCAGCAUGUGGUACAUUUGUUCUUUUUUUACAUACAGAUAUGAGCAAAUUAUUUGCCCCUAGGUGUUGUUGACUACGAACCAUGAUGUGGCCUGUGUGUUGUAUGUGGUGUGUCGGCCUUUUGUGGGGGGGGGAUAGGAACGCGGGGGGGUGGGGGGGAGCUAUAACUUGGGGGGGAGACCUAGGGUCCCCAGCCUUGCUACCCAGUAUCUUUACUUUCAUGUUAGAGUUCCCGUAUUUGUCAGUUUUCUUCCCUUCUCUGCUAUUUCUGCAGUCAAGCGGGUCUACUUUGUGACUGAUAGUGUCUGAGUUGGGUACUCUACGAGGGCAGGAGCUCAUGACCUAAGGUUCCAACUUGCCCAUUCUCUAUCGUAUUUUUUUCCUGUCCUUGCACCCUGCUAGCCAUCCGCUCGUAGGAGCUUAUGACAUCCAAUCUUUCCAUGAUUGCUGCCAUGGUUGGUAUUGUUUUGCUUUUCCAGUUUUGGGCUAGUAGGAUUUUUACUACCGUGAGUAUGUUUAUUAGUACUUUCUUGUGGGGGUGUGGUGAAAGUCCAGGUAUCAUGUGUAGCAGGUAGUGUUCUGGUCGCAACUGAACAAGGAGGCCUGUAGUGCUCGAAAUUAGGUUUUGUAUCUGUGUCCAAAAUGCACCCAAUGAAUGACAGUCCCAGAACAUGUGUAGCAUGGUACCCGCUCCCCCCCUCACAUCCCCAGCAGAGAUCGGAUGCGCCCUUGUAAAUCUUUGCCAGUCUAUGUGGGACCAGGUACCAUCUCAUGGCUAUUUUGCAGUAUGCUUCCCACAGCGAGAGGCUCUUGGAUGCGCUCUUUGUGUUGGAUAGUGCCUCGUACCAUUAUGCCAGAGUUAGUUGGUGGCCUAGCUCCCCCUCCCAUUGUUUCAUAUAGGAUCUUUCCUCACACGAUUGGGCCUCCAAAAGGGCAUUAUAGCACAUGGACAGAGGUUUCCCAAACUUAAUGGUGAGGACCCUAUUGAGCAGCAGGGGUGGGUCUUUAGUCCCUGCACUUGUUUUGCGUGUGUGAGGUAGCAGUAUGUUUUUUGUUCUAAGUACAUGUCCCUUUGGGUUGAGAAAAUUCCCGCUGGAGAUCAGGGAACAGUUUGAUUUCGCUUCCUUCCAGUAGGUCCUUUACUUUAUGUAUGCCCAUGGCUAUCAACCUGCUAUAGGUAGGUCUGGAGAGAAUAUGGCAGACAGAUUUUUUUGACAGAACUGACAUUAGGUAACACAUAGCAGAGUUUUGGGCUGCCUAAGUCACAUGUGUCGGGGGUGCAAAGAACCUCGGUCACAAAGGUGCAAAUAUCUCAGUAUGUGCAAUGUUUUAAACAGAAACGCUGCACAUACAAGACUCCCACUACCAUGAUCAUUCUGAAAGUAGAAGUGGUCAUGGUGGAUGGUGUAACCCUUUAAGGUUCUAUGUCACUCACUAUAAUCCUUGGGUUAAAGCUAUUAAAAAAAGCAUAUAUGAAAAAAUGUUUCUAGCGAAACGGAAACUAAAGAAGAAUAAACAACAGCCUGUGCAAUUAUUACCAGUAAUAAAAGUGAAAUAAUGCAUGAAUCAAGUCUGUGCAGUUGAGGGAUUCUAAUCCUGGGCGGAUUUUGUAUUCUAUAUGGACUGUCAUUAGUUUUACAAUACUGCGCUAGAUUAGUCGGGGUUACACUACGAAGCAAUACUGUUUUAAUGGCAGCAGCUAGAAAAGCUGCAGCCAAGGACUGUAACUCCUACUAAUAUCAGGCUGCAUUGGGACACCUAUGUCUCAGUGCUGUCCUUUACAGUAAAGUCAGCUACAUUACUCUAUCACACAUUAACUCUUACAUCAACUUAACAAACUACACUACACACACAUUAAACACUACCUUAACAUUUACACUAACCCUGACCUAAAAAAAUAUAAAGUAAUACAAAAAUACAUAAUAAUGAAAGCUUUAUUAGAGGAACUUAAUGCUCUGGAGACAUCUAUAAGUCACUAACAAUAAUAAUGUCAUGUGUAAGAACACUCAUGCACAUGCUCAGCAGCAAGGAACAACAUUCACAAAAUAUAACAAUUUUUCUGUUUGUUUUUUUUUCUUAAGCCUUUUGGAAAUUUUUUUUACACAUUGCCUUAUAUAGAACAUAAAUAAGAAUGUGAUUUAUGGACUGGAAUGUCUCUGAACAAAACCCUUUUCAACAACACAUCUACGUUAAAAAGCCUUUGAGUUUGACUGCCCUCUGGUGGGCAUACUAUGGAUUAGUUCAAAUGUAUUUUAGGAUUUUCUUUCAGUCAGUUGUGGUGUGUUCACCAAAUGUUAGACCAAUAUAGCUUAAGUGAAAAAAUCCAUUGCAGCAAAGUUGGAAUUUUUCCCGCAACUCGGCUAUUUUGGUUUAGAUAUUGCAGGCUGGCUGUCUACUCAGAACAAUUCUGUAUAAAUAGAUCUUUAGUUGCAUUCCAGAGAACAAAUUAGUUUUAUUUUGCCUGGAUUCUUCUACAUGAUUACACAGGAACCACGUAGACUUACAAAUGUAAAAGAAUAUAAAAAAAUUAGAUAACAGUACACUUGAAUACAGUUUAAUGGCAGGGCAUUGUCUGCUGCAUGUAUUCAUUUGUCUGACAGGCAUAUUUACUAAAGGGUGAUUUGCUGGGAAUUCAAGAAGUUAUCAAAAUUUUAGUCUGGUGCUAUUUUGGUCUAAAAUUCAGUAUUCACUUUUUGUAAUACUGAAUUCCAGACAGUUAAGAAUUAAUAGAAAGUCUAUCCAAGCUUUCUCCCCACUACUCUGUCUGCUUCCUCAUCUUUCUCCCUCUCCAGAAAGCCCUCUGAAACCUAAAGUAACCUUUACUUACCUCCUUCUAGCAUUAUAGCCCAACUGCUGGUCUGACUAACCAGGGUCUCGUAUUGCUGUUAUAGGCACCCGACCAACCGACCCCUUAGUGAGUGGGCCACCCAAUGGGCACCAUCAGUUUGUGGAUCCAAGCUGCACCCAGGGCACAGGGCCCCCUGGGACAUGCGAACACCCUGGGCCCGGUCGUACUUGCGACUUUUAUAACCUCGCUAUCAGACAAAAAGGCACACAUCAGAAUUUUUACUAUACAUCAGUUAAGCCACCUUACGAUUUCCCUACUUAUAAGUGGCUUCGCUGGGGGUCUAGUGGUGAGCAUGUGGCUGUAACAAUCUGCUUGCUCCUUUUGCUGUCUUGUUUAGCUUCUUACGCUGAUAUCACAUCCUUUCAGGAUGCAGAAUGCACAGGGAGACGGCAAUGCUUUAAGGUAAGGUGGUCACAUCCUUUUAAUAUCUUCAUUGUGGCCCUGUGGGGGACGAUACAUUUCCCCAACCACCACACUAAACACCCCUUGCAAGCUUGUUUGGAGUACAACGAUGUGUCCUAACAGUCCCUUUAUAAAAAGGGUCAGUUACUAUUUUGAGCCAAAUCCCUCUGUCCCUCUUUUCUCUCCUAAUUUCCCUCUUUACUAGGAGCUCCAUAUUGUUGGUGUGUUUGAGUGUAUAAAAGAGUUCCACAGCAAUAAUACUCAUAGUAAAGUGUCUUUAAACUAAAAUAUAUGUGUUUAGAAAUCAGUCUGUCUAUAUAAGAUACAUUGUUCUUGUUCUAAAUUACAUUUUAAUUCCAUAAAUUAUUACUAAUUAUUAUUAGUAGGUCAUAUUAUUAUCAUAUUAUUAGGUCAUACCUGCACUCACAUCCCUAAAAUUAAGGAGUCCCUCUUUGUCCAUCUGAAAUGUCGGGAAGUAUGGUGCACCCCGUAUGGUAUGGUGCACCCCGUAUGGUAUGGAAUUAGGCACACCGUAUGGUAUGGUGCACCCCGUACGGUAUGGAAUUGAGCACACCGUAUGGUAUGGUGCACCCCGUACGGUAUGGAAUUGAGCACACCGUAUGGUAUGGUGCACCCCGUACGGUAUGGAAUUGAGCACCCCGUAUGGUAUGGUGCACCCCGUACGGUAUGGAAUUGAGCACCCCAUAUGAUAUGGUGCACCCCGUAUGGUAAGGAAUUGAGCACCCCAUAUGAUAUGGUGCACCCCGUAUGGUAAGGAAUUGAGCACCCCGUAUGGGAUGGUGCACCCCGUAUGGUAUGGAAUUGAGCACCCUGUAUGGUAUGGUGCACACCUUAUGAUGGUCCUGCCAAAAAAUAACUAAAGUAUUGCAAAUGUCUCCAAUUGGACUAUCCUGGCCUAAAAAUUUUCAUUAUUCUGUUAAGUCUCUGUGCUUCCCGGUGUAGCGAACAAACCCCAUUUAGUUAGUAAAUAAUAUGAUAUCCAGUGCCACAUUGAUUGUUGAGGCCUUUUAAAUAUUACUAAUACUGCUAAAUAAUAAUCUAGUGAUCAUAUAAUAAUCAGAUCAAAAAGCCAGUUGACGACUUACCAAAACAUGGUACUUGAUUAGAUAUUAGUGGUUCUAAUUUUAGCAGGGCUAGCCUUUCCUCUGAGAUCAAUAAAAAGAGAAUCAUUAAGUUUCAAGAGUUGCGUUAUAGUAAUAUCUAUUCCCAAAUCAGGAACUGCUUAAAAGUUACAUAACUCAGUCCAUUCUUCCAACUAAAACAAAUUGGUAUGUAUUCAACUAUUUUUCAGCAACGGGAAUGCAAAGAAUGGGCAACGGGCUCCAGGACAUUCAGUAAAAAAAAUCCACUUUUAUUCAAAACAUGUUAAAAAUUAUAAUGAGAAACUUCUGCAUUUUGUGCGAUUUACAGCACUUAUUCGUAGUUAUAAGAACGUUAUGUAUCAAGAAAUAUAAACGUAAAUUAUGGAUUAAUGGACAGUCAAUACAAUGUUAAACAAUUAAUUUUUGCCUCAUUCCAUUUUAAACGUUGAUUCCUUUGAGUCUGUGUUUGCUGUAUACAACAGCUUUGAAACACAACUCAGGAAGAGCUGUAAAGCCAGAGAACCACUCACGGACAGCUGUUUCGUUGUUAAUGUAACUCAUCAGCACGAGGUUGGUUACUGGCUUGCUAUUGAGUCUUGGCAGUACUUGUGAAGCAAAAACCAAGAAAGUUAUGAUGAGGAAAAAAUUGUGAUUGAAAGCCCCUUCCACCUGAAGCCAGUGGAUAGUCAAUACAAUGUUAUAGCAAGCCAAUAACCAACCUCAUGCUGAUGAGCUGCAUUAAUAACGAAACAGCUGUCCAUGAGUGGUUCACUGGCUUUGCAUCUCUCCCUCAGUUGUGUUUCAAAGCUGUUGUAUACAGCAAACACAAACUCCAAGGAAUCCAUGUUUGAAAUGGAAUGAGGCAAAAAUGUGAUUUUUUUUCUUGAACUAAUUUGCAUAUGCCCACCCAGAAUCCUUUGUGGUAGUAACAUCACUGCAAAAUUGUGAUUUCUGUGGGAAAAGCAAGUCUUGUGGCUUGACUGGUGUGCAGAUCUUUGUUUAACAUUGUAUUAACUAUCUACUGACUUCAGGUGGAAGGGGUUUUCAAUCACAUUUUUUUCCACCAUAACUUUCUUGGCUAUGGAUUAAUGGGAAGCCUUUCUAAGAGUAAGACGUUGCAGGUCAUAUGGCAAGACAUUUAUGAAUGAACCUGCUCUGGGGCUUUCUUUUCAUUCUUGCUUUUUUGACAGCUAAUUUGACAUUUUAGUAAAUAAAGCAAUAUUAAAAUUGCACAUUUUUAAAUAUUACAUUUUACAAAUAGAACAAGACAGAUGAUAUGUCCCACUCGAAAGAGAGAUAAUCUUGAUGGACUUAGUAUAGUUUGUAAGACUACUGCUUUCGCAUUAAUACAGAAAAAAAAUCUGGAAAUAUAAAGAUAUCUAUACCAGCAUGCCUUUAACCCCUCAAUGACCUGUGCAAUCAACAGAAAAGAUCCUUUUCUAAACUGAAAUAGCCCAUUAAAUUAAAGCUUGCAUGGCUGCAGGGAGAAGUGACAGACAAGGGGGACAUUCCAUUCCAGCAUAAGUUCUCUGGGGACACGAUUGUUAUGUCUGAAAAAGUGUAACAUUUGGUCCUAAAGGGGGUUAAAUUAGUGUUCAGUGCAUGAUGAAGGGAGACAUGGGUAAUAUUUGGCAAUUACUUUUGAUUUUCAUGUGAUUAAGAAAGGAACAAUGAUGGCCUAUAUAGUCACAACAAUCUGGUCUUUAGAAACAUUACUCUGACAUGGAAUGUAAGGCUAAUUUAGAGUUAGCAGCCAUCUAUCAAGCAGAUGGUCAAUAAGCAGAACAUUUCAUGCUGGAACAGUGUCUCUAUGGAUCAGAUUGUGAGUAAGGCACAGAUAACCUUUUCUAACAAACUGAACACUGGAAUUGUGAAAGCAGUCAUAUUAAAGGCAAUAUCUUUGUUGAUCCUUGUUUAACAAUCAGUGAAAACAUCUCAAAUGAGUUCCAGAGUAAUGACAUUGAAAAAACACUGCAGUCACCAUAGCCACUUCAAAAGCAGCAUUCCUAGCAGUAGUCCUCAUAUCAGUGAGACAGUCCCAAUUAAGGUUGGCCAGUCUAGAUUUCCAGGUCCUGUCCCACAUCUGGGGACACUAGAAAACUGCCAGUGGGCAGAACAGCGCAAGUAACUCAUUAGAUGCUCUUGCACUGUGCAGAGGGUUGUAUUAUUAUUAUUUUAUUAUUUAUAUAGCGCCAGUAAAUUCUAUCGCGCUGUACCCUGCUCCUGAAACCUGGGAGCUGGGUAGGUAGCCUGGCAGUGUGCCCAUUAUGGACAUUGCUAGUCAUGUGGGAUGUGUUACUCGUGAUGUCCUCUCUGAAGUUUAUGGGCGCCGGGUCCCGCAUUACUGCUAAAUAGUUUACUCACUGUUUAACAGAGGUGCUUGGUCCCCGGCAUUCUUCAGCACGGCUCCAUGGACGAUAAUUGUCAAGCUGUAGGAUUCUAUGGACCGAGGACCUAGCUCCCAUGCACCAAAGGUACCAUAACCAUCAUAAUCAGCUGACGUGGUUAUGGUUACCAUAAUAGCAUUUUAAUUGCUGUGUAUUGAAAUAUAGGCCCUGCUGCAAGCAUCAAGCACAAUCAGAGUGCUGAAGAAUGGUGUGUGUCCAAUUCUCCACUGACAGGUGACAUUUACUAAAGCGAGAAUUGCCAGGAAUUCAAUGGAAAUUUCACAUUUAGGGUCAAAUAGCUGAACUAGAAAAAAAAAUCUCCAGUUCAGCUACUCUUCCUGUUCACCUUAAAUUUUAAAUUCACUUUGCAUUCCCAACAAUUCUGCUUUUACUAAAUAUUUUUUGUAAAUCACAUAAGAAGCAGUUAUUGAUUUCAGUGUCUGAUUAAUAUGAACAGACCUGGGGGCUCAGUUUAUGUCACUGUAAACCUUCUAAAAGCAUAGAUUUAGACCAGUGAAGUCAUUGCAUUCAUUAGCAGUAAUGAGAGAUGUGUCAAAAAAGUAAUAGGGAAUAAACUUGCACUAAUUAAAGGGCCUAACAUGAAACAAAUUGAAUCGUUAAAGCAAUACCCUAAGCACCAAACCUGCUACAGCUUAGUGUAGUGGUUUUGGCCCAAAGACCUUGUCCCUGUACUCUGAGAAAUGUAAGCAUUGCCAUUUUUAAGAAACGGCAAUGUCUACAUUUGUCAAUCAAUGCCUUUAUUGGCUUUCAAUCAGAUAUAAUCUGAAGACUUCAAAUAAUUGAGAGUCUGGGAUAAUGUUUCUCAAUAAGAAGCAUCUGACUGGGCAACACAUGUGCAGUAGGGACCCAAAUGCUUCUCUGUGAGAGGAAUCAGUACUUUUAUAAAGCUCCUAGGCUGCACUCUCCUGGCUGUUAGUGGAUGAAGUUUAUAAAAGAGCAACAUUGGUUUUAAAACUUCACUUUGAGAAGAGUUCGCCGAUUGCUGCACACACACACCCUGCCUCAUAAUACUUAUCCAUGAGAAACAUGGGAUUGGCUGGGGAUCAUCACAAGUGAAGAUCUCUUAGGGGUGGAGCACAGCUGCAGCAAAAAGACCCUCACCGCUGGAUUUGAUAUAAAGUAGCCUUUUUACCAGUACUAUAAAUACACUUUACAACACUCGAGCGUCAUAAAUAAAUGGAAUUAUUUUUAACACUGGAGUAUCCUGUAAACAUUAUUUUUAUUUAAAAUUCUUUAUUUAGUCACAGACAAACAUUGUAUCAUUGAAGGCAAACACUUUGUGACCACAAAUUCCUGCAGUGUUUUUUUUUUGUUGUUGUUUUUUUUAGAAAUAACAUUGCACAGAAAGAAAGUAAAUAGUGUGCCAAUGAUGGUUUUCCAGUACUUUGUGGUGAGCCAGGAUGAUUUACUUACAGGUAAGUGUCAAGUUAGUACACAGUGCACACAGGCCAUACAAAGAAAAACAGAAAACAGAGACCUAAAACAUUCCUACAAUGCUGGGGACUAGUGGGCCCUAACUUGCAUUGUCAACUGGUCUAUCAAGUAGUUGUCAUCUUUCAGUUUAAUAAUACCAUGGGCUAUUGGUAGUAUCUCAGAUUUAACCCCUUAAGGACAGAUGACGGAAAUAUUCCGUCAUGAUUCCCUUUUAUUCCAGAAGCUGAGUCCUUAAGGCACAGUUGGGCCAUUGCUAUAAGGGCCACUAAAUAUACCACGCCGAUCAGUUUCUGUUUGUGUGUUCCCUCCCGAGGGCAGAGACAGUAGGCAAUGCCCAGGAAUUCACCUCUACAUGUCUAUGAUCCACAGUGCUGUACAAUGGGUGGACUGAGACACAUAUAUGUAACCCGACGAGUUGGACACACAGGAACGGCGGUUGAGGGCCGUCAAUACUCGGGUACCAUUUUUUGGGGGGGUAUGUAUAAAGCGAGUAGCAGACCAGUGCCACUUAUAGUGAUCACGGACUGUGAGCUUGUUUGAGCAGGGCUUCUUUCUUCGCCUCUGGUCUCUGUGAAUACAUUGUAUGUCAAUCACGUCACCGAGUUCCAUUAUCUCCAUUCUAGAAUUGUAAAGCGCCGCGGACUAUGUCGGUGCUAUACGAACAACCCUGAAUGACAUCCUUUAUUUUGCAUUACGCGCGCUGUAAGCCGCACCUAAUGAGCCACAUUAACACCUUUAUAUCUGUAAUGUAUAUAGUAAGGUAACGCUGCCCAUGCUCACUGGGACUGACAGCUUUAUUAUUUCAACAGAACUCCCUACAUUUACACACAGCUGGUGUUUUAGGGUUACAUAUAAACCAAUGGGCCAGCCUGCCACACCUCUAACUCCCUAUAUAGAGCAAAGCUUCCCUCUGACCCCUCCAGAGAUUGAGUACUACAUUUCCCAUGAUGCUCUGCCAGCCCCAGCACUGAGAGGAUCACUGCAAACACACACUGACUGACACCCAUUCAAUAUAGGGCGCGCGCGCUCACACGGAGCAUGUGAUUGGCUGCUGCUGCUCCCUCCCCUCCCCACCAUCACUGCAAAGGAUUCUGGGUCGGGCGUGCUGACAGUGGUUGGUGGGUCAGGUGAGUGCGGUGAGCGUUCGCGGCCUAACGGCCAUUUGGAAUGUUGGCGAUUGCCGCGUGCUCUGGCCUCGCGCCCUUGUUAACUGUUUAAUGAGAGUGGGCGGGGCUGGCAGCGCGGGAAAUGCCCUGAGCGCCCAUCUUGGUUACUGGCACCGUCACGAAUUGCCCUUAGUUUGUAUUAGCUGUACAGUGACCUGGCGGGAGGGCAGCUGUAGUAAAUAACACCCAUUCAGUUUCUAUAAACAGAUUCCAAUUCUGGGAGGGUCAGCUCGUUAAUGUCCCAGGUUUUUUUUCUUUUCGAACUGCAACUCUUAUGAUGCUUUCCCACCUGUAAGGCUCACAAAGCAGCAUGGGAGUCGUAGUCCUGCACCACAUGGUGGCUUACGGUUUGGCCAUCCUUGGCUAAUCAAUCUCUGUGUUUAGUAUUUUAUACAAUGGAUACGUUGUGUUCAUUUUUAAAAUAAGAUGCAGUUUUACAAGUUUAUAUAAUAUAAUAUAAAAGUAUAUACUGUGUAUACAUAUUAUAUGUGGUAUAUAAAUAGCAUUGUGUGUGUCUAUAUACUGUGUAUAAAUAGUGAAGCAAUUGAAUUAUAGGAACAAGCCAGCAGGUUAAAUGUUAAAAUAAUAUAUAUAUUUAAUUCAUAGGAGUGUAUUAUAAAUGCAUUAUAAUAUCGUAAUAACGUUGUUUUUAUAAUUGAGGGAUAUGGGACACCUGUGUGGAGUUAACCCUUUGUUGAUUGGAGUUAUCGUUAUGGUGGGUGCUAAUGGCAGAUUUGCGCAGUGAUGGCUGGAUUUGCAUUGUGUGUAUUUGUAGACCGUGUCUAAUCCUGUUCAGUCCCAGAGGUUUCAUUCUGGUCUAGAAUCAGCCGUUCGAUUGAAUCUGGACAGAAUGAAAUCCAAUAUGCAGUCCGGAUGCUCGUGCGUGGUACUGGAUUAUUUUGUUAAUCUGGACCAUUGGAAUUCUGUCAAUAACCCUCAUAGUGCUCGCUGGUGGGGUACGAUUCAAGAAUCGUUAGCAGGUAUAGCCAGGUUGUUUAACUCCGGCUAAUCUCAGGAACUCCAUGACCCAUUGUAUGAUCAUAAAUGUACACUCUCAAAAAGGUACAUAUAUUUUCUACGCUCUCCCCAUGACGCGCUCAGCCUUCUUCUAUCAGCUAUCAAUUCGCUCCAAUGCUUCCUGUUUGAAGCUUCAGGGACGUGAGUGGAAGUUCAAGACCUGACUUAAAGACUUUGGGUUUAACCCAUUACGGAAUCUGUGACAUCUUCGCACAAUAACAACUUUGCACUGAUUAAGUUGUUAUGGUGCCCAGAGUGUUCUUGAAAAGUUUUUUUUUUUAGUCAUUAUUUAGAUUAGAUUAUUGGGCAUAAAUAGAUGCCCAAAGUUGACACCUUAUAUAAGAAUACUCACAAAGUUAUUUAUCAAGUGAAUUGUUAGUAAUUCAAAGUAAAUUCCAACACUUAUUCUCUAAACUGGAUUUUUAGUGGAUUGCUUUCUAAAUCGCAACAUUGAGACAAACCUAUAUGAUUUGGAGAAAUUCUUCAACUUAUUUCUAGUCAAAGCUUGGCUAUUGUACCCUUAAUUUUGCAAACCAAUUUUCACUUCACUACAGUUUAAAGCAGGACUGUCCCUUCCAGAGAAUUGACAAUUCCUGUUCCUUUACCCACGUAAACAUUUACCGGGGUAAAAAAAAAUAGCAGCGUAGGUAAGUGAAAAAACGUUGCUGCAUUUCUCUGUGCUCCAACAUCCGUGUCCCUUAGUUCCCACUACUGCAUGCAUGCUCGGGUUUCUCCGAAAAAUGUACUUCAGCAGUGACGUAUACACACAUGUGCUGUGCGUACGACAGUGGGAGAGUUAAUCUGGCAAAGCAUAUACAUUUUAUCAUGACCUAUAGAAAAGUUUUAGUUAGCCCUUAGGUUAUGCUAAAUUUUGAGGAAGUGACCAUUCCUCUUUAACCCCUUAAGGACCAAACUUCUGGAAUAAAAGGGAAUCAUGACAUGUCACACUUGUCAUGUGUCCUUAAGGGGUUAAAGGGUCUCUCUUCACUCCAAACCACUUUAUCUUAAUUAGCAGAGAAGGGAAGUAUUGGGCACCGAUGAUUGGCUGAGAGCAUCAACUGAUUUCUGUCUCACUGGCUGCCCAUUGCAAGUAACAACACAUAGUAUUCCUCACAUUGGACGGCCAGCCCUGAAAACUAAUUCACUCAAAUGAAUCUAGCCCCUUUAAUGAAAACAACCUUAAAGGGACACUCCAGGCACCCAGACCACUUCUGCCCAUUGGAGUGGUCUGGGUGCCAACUCCUACAACCCUUAACCCUGCAACUGUAAAUAUUGCCGUUUUCAUUAACGGCAAUAUUUACAUUGCAGGGUUAAUUUACAUUGCAGGGUUAACUCCUCUUCUAGUGGCUGUCUAAUAGAUUUUCUGUGCUAUAGCGUCGCUGGACGUCCUCAUGCAUGCGCAUUAGGUCUCCCCCGUCAGUUUGUUUUCCUGGCACUGGAGAGUCCCUUUAAUAGUGAAUUUCACAUUUUAGGCCAAAAUAGACAAUUCCCUAACCAUUCACACUUAUAGACCAAAAUCAACCACAAAACAAAAACACAAUUUUACUACUAACAGUUCCAUCUUGUUUUAGUGUCCCUUUAACAAAAGCCACUAAUUUUCCUUUUUUUAUUUAUAAUAUAUAUUUUUACAUUCCUAGGUGACAGAUAAGUCUGUAGCAGUGGAAUGCGUUUUUUAUGGUGUAAUUUGCAUGUUGUCUUAAAACGUGGCCAGCACCUACCAUUUAUAAAUACCUUAACUUGAACUUUAUAGAAGGUAAGUACUAAUUCUUAAAUUAAUAGAUAAUUAUGCUGUUGAAACAUAAUUUUUAGUUUGGUCACUUGGAUAAGUAAUCUUGACUUUUAAAGUUACCUAUAAUGAUUGUAUCUGGCUGUAUAAAAAAAUAAUUUUCUUUGCAGUUUUGUAUAAGAUAAACAUGUUUACAUUUGGUUCUAGUCUAUUAGUGUAACUUUAUAGGUAACAUUUUAAAUGUGUAGUAACAUUGUAUUUAUAUUUGUGCUUUUAAAACAUAUUUCACACAGGGAAAUCUCAGUUGUUUUUUUUUUAUAAUUUAAAACACAUUGCAAAUGAAGUAAACCAUUUUACUGGAUGUAUUCUUUUAUUUCAGUCGCUGGCAGCUUUGCACUGCAAUCAUGGAAGCCUUGCUAGAAAGAAUUCAAAAACAGGAUAAAAAGGGGUGAGUAGCUUCUCAGUCACACUCUGCAGCAUGAAUUUGAUAUUUCUAUUUGAAAAUUAAGUGUGAAGUAAUCAAUGAAGUGUCGGUGAGAAUACGAUUUUUUUUUUUCCCAACUGUAUCUACUUCAGCUGUUUGAGAAUGAAUAAGAUGAACCUGUAAAUAACCUGAAAUUCGAAUCUUCACUAGCUUUAGAAAAACGUUUGGACUUUUCCUUUUAGUGAUAAGAAAGGAAAAACCAAAUGACUUUGCUUGUUGCUAUUGCAGUAGUUUAUGAAUUUUGCUCUAAUCAAAACAUUUUUUUUUUUAUGUACCUUGAAAAAGAAUUGUCACUGCUUCGCUAGUUAUUGCAUUAUUGCUGAAGAUUUUUAUCACCAAAUAUAAGUGGAAGAAAUUGUAAUAUGUUUCAGAAAUGGUUAUUGAAUUGAAAUCACUUGAGGAAAGCAUGCUCAUGGAGUGGUCACAAAAUAUGGAACUGGAGUUUGGACAUAUGAUAGUUUAUGGACAGUUUUGCAACCUUAGGAAUUGGGCUGCGCCUGCUUGUGUUAAUGGAGAAAAAAACAAUGGAUUUAGUGAAACCGUAAAUUCCACAGGACAAUGUGUGAAUGUACAUCCUGAAGCUCUAAAUAGGGAUAGUUUUGGUUUCUACACUUUAUUUUUUUAUUUAGAUGAAGAUUAAAUAACAGGAGUACAGAAAAUAGAUUUAAUCUUACUGUUCCUUUUUAAAAAAAAAAAAAAAAAAAAAAUUUUUUGGGGGGGGAGGGGAUUAUUUAAUAUUAACUGAUUUAAUUGGACCAAUUUAAAUUAAUUCAUCAUGUUAGCUUUCUUAAAUUCGUCUAAGUAGUUUAACCUUUUGAAUAUAUUUUUUUCAGAAUACUAUAUGGCUCCUGUGAGCUGGAGUUACAGGAACUAAUGAGACAGAUAGACAUAAUGUUGAAACACCAGAGAUCGGAGUGGGAAGCUCAGACUCAGAUGCUCAAUUCACGCUUAGCAAUCAAAGAUCAGGAACUGAGUUCUGCCCAAACCAGGGAGGCUGUACUGCACCAGGAGGUGAGUUGAAUUGUAGUACAAACCAUGAAGGGAUGAAGAAAUCUAAGGGGCAAUCUACAUCCCACUGUGGUACCCAAAUAUCUAAUCAUUUAUAGUGCAGCCUACAGACUGCGUGAACUUUAGGUAGCUGUGUUUUUCUCAGAUCUAUUUUUAAACCAAGUUAAAAUUUGUAGUAGCAGGUAACAGCGAGUGGCCUACGAGAAACAUCUUAUUUUACAACUUGCAUAAAAGAUUCCACUUGGGUAAGCUUCAUUGGACACUUUUAGGAUUCAACUUGGGAAUAAUCUUUAAAAUCUGGUGAUUGGUGAAUCUAACCAGAACUUGAACCGGAGUCCUCGUUAAUCCUGCUGAACAAUGAAUAGAAGUUUGUCAUCCUAUUACCAAAAUAGUUUAUUGGGUAGACCUUAUUGACAGCCUUGCUGGUCUUUGUAGACUGUAUAUAAUUAUUAACUUGAUAAUUGAUUUUGUGUUCUAUUGUAUAGCAAGAUAAAUCUCCUAUUUUGCAAUUUUGUGUGUCAUCGUCCCAAAUAUUGUGUACAUCAUGCUUUAUAGUGCUCACUCUAUAAAAUUAUCUAUACAGUGCUUCUGUUUUUGCAGAUUAGGACGUUGAAACAGCAGAUCAGGAUGCACGAAGAAGGCAAUCAUGAAAAGACCAUGGAAUAUGAAACCCAACUCUCACGGUUUCAGGAAGAGGUUUGUGAGGCAGUUAUUAGGUAGCAGAUGCAUUAUCUCAGUUAUAAGUUUUGAUCCUUUUUUUUUUUUUUUUAAACAUACCACUGUAAACCGAGGCUAUUCUUUUCUAGCCAAUGUUAUCGGUAUUUACUUUGUAUCUCUUUAAAUAUCUUAUGUGAACGGUGCAUUCUCAAACAUAGCUGUAGUAUAUUCAGUUACUUUCUACUGGCUUAUCCAGAUGUCAUAAUUCUCAGUUGUCCAGGUUGAAAAAAAGUUAUGAGAAGGUUCAAAGGAAGCACCAGCGUUCUGACAUGAAGAGCCGAGCGGAAGAGGAGAAAUAUGAAGUUGGCCGUCUGACGCGAAAAUUAGAGGUAAAGUAGUGAGAUCAAUCAGAAUGUGUUUCACCUCAACAAAUAUUUUAUCCACUGUGUAUUAAAUAAAAAUAAUGUAAUUGAGAUUGAAAGUCAAGCGGUUUUUGUAUGUCUCCAGAAUCCAGAGAAGUCAUUAUUUUACCCCAACACAUGUUUCACAGUUAUCUACAUUUUAUAUUACAUUAUUGACUUAUUUUGAAUAGUUUUUAUAGAGCAGUAGAAAUAUGACACUCAUGAAUUUCAUUAGGAACACUAGUCACCAGAACCACUAGAGCUUAAUAUAGUGGUUCUGGUGUCUAUAGCACAUCCAUGCAGGCACUUUAAUGUAAAUGCUGCCAUUUUCAGAAACAAAGUCAGUGUUUACAUUGCUGUCUAGUAGCACAUCUAGAGGCAGUCACUCAGGCGGCCACUAGAGGUGUUUUAGUCCAGUGUGCAGCACUGGUGUUCAGCGUCUUCAUGCUCUGCAUGGAGACACUGAACGCUCCCCAUAGGGGUACCUUGAUUUAUCGCUUCUCUGUGAGAAGAUGUUGAUUGGCUGCGUUUUGUCACGCAUUUGCAAUAGCCUCCAAAUGCUAUUAAACAGCCACUUCAGGGCCAUAGUGUCAGGAAUACAUGUUUGUAUGCUUGAUACUAUAGUGUUCCUUUAAGCCUGAAAAGUGUGUCACACGUCUGCACUAAGAUUGAUUUUCACUGACAUUUAGUUUUGCAUCACACUACAGAGUAGAAAAUGUUGAAAACAUGAUUUGACUGGCAAUACACCUACUUCUAUUGAUGUAAGAAAUGCUAAAUGGCGUUUUAUAGGAAUUUCGGCAGAAGUCUCUGGAUUGGGAGAAACAACGCCUUCUUUAUCAACAGCAGGUCUUUGGGCUGGAAGCUCAGCGCAGGACUUUGGCAGAGCAGGUUGACUUGUAUCAGGUAUAUCUAAAGAUUAUGAGUUUUAUGUCAUGAGUGGAGUGAUCUGCAGUGAGUUGCAUGUUUUAUACUUCUGUGUCAUGUAAGGAUUCAAAUAUUGUAUUUAUCCUGUGUACACCUUGUUUGGGUAUGUGUCUGUCCUGUCCUGUUUUUUACAAUAUUUAAUGCCUGCCAAUUUUUUUGUACAUUCUACAUUUUGCAUUCUUAUGAACAGAAUCUUUGUCUUUUAACCACUGCAAUGCUGUCUCCAUUUUGAGCACAGGCUCUUCCAUAUAGCAUAUUUUGUCUUUGUUUGAUUGACUGUGUAUAGAUACAUAAUAUUGAUAUGACAUUUUGCCACUUGUAGUUAUGAUUUAGUAAAAACUUGGGGUCUGUCUUACUUUUCAUAGGCUAAAAAAUGUGUCAAUCACAGUGGGGAAAUGCUUAAUGAGAUGGAUAGAAAUAUGUGUUUAGUAAUGAGAUAUUUAUGUAAGAGCGAGGGGGAAGGAAAGAUCGGAGGCAAACAAUAACUCAUACCUCACAAUUCUAACCUUUCCAAGAUAGAAAGAAACCCAUUAGAAAUAAUUAAAACAUAACCCCCUGGAAGAGCCAUUAUUUGGCGAAACGCGCAUCGGGACAGUUUAGUGCAGUGGUUGGCAGUGAGAUCAGGGAUGAUGCUGCAGUGUAAUUUAAAUUAUUUAGACAGCCACCACGCAAUGAUUUUAGUUUGACUUUACUUACUUAAUUAAUUCACUAUCGGAUAGCUGUUGGUGUGGGGGGAGGGUGUCUCUCUUCCUGUCUAUUUCUUACUGGUUCCUUGACUUUGAGCGGAUAGGAGUGUUUAAAUAGAUUUUUUUAUUUUUAUUUAUUUAUUUAUUUUUUUAAAAGGGGUGCCCAGGAAAGCUCAUUAGGUGAGAUUCUCUUUAUAGAUUUUUCCUAUCCGUAAUUGCUGUUUAUAUCUCUCCCCUUCUUCUACUCCGUAUUUUCUGUCUGUUACUUUUGCAGGCUGUAUACCUUCCCUCCCUCUUUACAUUGUUUUCCAUCAGUUAUAUUAGACUUUGUUUAUUAUUUACAAUUUUUGUUGUUGUUAUUAUUGUUAUUAUUAUUAUUAUUUUUGGCUUUAUCCACUACCUUAUUUCUAGGAUAAAUCCAGCUUUGGCAGCUGACUUAGAACUUUGGCUUCAGUUGCCAAAGUUGUUACAUGUAGAUAUUUACCUAUUAUCCUUUUGUCUUUUUUGUUUCCAUUUUUAUUAUUUUUUUCUCUACAUAUAGAUGAUUUGUUGUAUUGUCAUAGCCUGCUUAAGGCUACAUUAUUGUUAUAUCAGAUAUACCUUGACACAUUUUGUUUUUAUACUUAAUUUAUUAAAGGUUAUAUUUUAAUUAUUUCAAAUGGGUUGCUUUCUAUCUUGGAAAGGUUAGAAUUGUGAGGUAUGAGUUCUUGUUUGCCUCCGAUCUUUCCUCCCCCCUCGCUCUUUCAUAGAUAUCUUAAUUAGGGGUCCCCAUAUCAUAAUCAGGUACCCGACACACUCUCACUGUUUAUAUAGAGCAAGCAAUUUAGUAAUGAUAUGUUAAAUUAUAAAUAUCUGCAGAGGAGCAGACAGAUCUCUAUAAAGUAGAAAUGUGUAGGUAUUCCAGCAUCGGAUUCCAGAAAGAAUUUGCAAGGUACUCUUGGACAGUGAUAGGCACCCAGCGGGCCAUAUUCACCAUCAGACUUUCUAAUUGCAACUGUUACUAUCUAAUAGAUGCAUUGGUGCAAUGCCUUCUGGUGAUUUAAUUUUAUUUAUGUAUAAUCUGACUGCUCUCACUGUGGUUUAUAUGACACCUCAUACACUUGGUAGUAGAAAUGGAUUUUGGUGGGUAAUAAAAGGUGAUAGACUAAUAGGAUCAUAACUCUGAAUUUUGCAGUACAACAUUUAGGGCCCAAAUAGUUUUCAUUAGUAGAGCAAUGUUGUCAUUUGGGUUUAGAAGCAACAACUUAGGCAUGGUUGGCUAAUACUACAAAGAAAAAAAGCAGGAAAGAAUAAAAUACAAGUUGUGUUUUAUCUAGUGUUGCUGGAGAAGGCAAUGGCUUGUUUGAAGAAAAGUUUUGUAACUUUUGAAUCUGCUAUUGCAGAAUGUAAUUUAUUAUAUUUUGGUAUUGCUUGCUUUCAGUGGCUUUGAAUAUUCUGUCUUUAUGUGCAUAUUAAUUGCAUGCACACACUUAAAAUCCAUCUCGAUCCCCAGCAACAGUCACACAGCCGUAAGCAAAUGCUGGAGCAGACUAGUCUGGUUGGCCGAUCGGAGUUUCAGCACCUCAGUGGCCAGCUUUCUCGUGCCAGUGACACUAUUUGUGCCAAAGAGGAAGAGUUGGAAUCCUUAAAGCUACAGUUGGCGGACGCGAUUGCAGACAAGGAACGAGUUAAGCAAGAGCUUUGGCAAGCCCAGCAAGACGUACAGGUGAGCAUGAGGAUUAUUCUAUAUUUCUGUGAAAACGUUAGUAUAUAAAGACUAUUUAUGAAACCCUUGUUUUGUUUUGAUUAAUUGUCGAUUGUGCAGUUGUCAUUAGAUUACCUCUGAUAUAUAAAUAUAUUACUGAAAUUUGGUAAAUUCACAUUAUUUUCUAGUUAUGAUCCCAUGCUGCCAACCUUGAAGGUCAUGUAGAAAUGGCCGUUUUCUUUCUUUUUUAAAAUGUUUGAAUUUUGGUUUGAUUUAGUACUCUGUUUAGGCCAGAGUCCUGGCUCAAUCAUGUUCGAAAUUAAUGUAAAUUUAUUUUAUCAAAAGUUUUAGCUGGUGAACUUGUCAAACGGUAUCUCCAAUAGCCUGGAUAAUACAUAUUUUUAUUUUUGGGAUUGGGUUAAGGAGGCGUCUUUGCACUGUUAAAUUGGGGGGAUUAUAUUGAUGACCCCUGGCUCGUUAUUUAUAUUCCUUCUCUAUCACAUUGUGCUACAGGAAGUAAGCAAAUAAUAGUUUGUGGUUUUUUUUGUUUAGAUUUUUUACAAUAAUUUCUAAACAUGUUUCUCAUAAAAAUGUCUGUACAGGUGCUCCAGGAUGAGAAGGUUGAACUGCGUGAGACACUGCAAGCUCAUUCAGACUUCCUGGAAGGCUCUAAAGCUCAGAAAGAGGAGCUACACCGAGAGGUGUGCAGGGCAAGUGAGGCUUUGAAAGACAAAGAGAAUAGCAUCAGGUAACUGCAACAAAACAAUACACAAUCUGAAUAUAUAAUCAUAUACUCAAACACUGACAUCAGACCGUGGCUUUGGUGAGUUGAUCGCUUGCAGGAGAAUUUGUCAAACCCUCUUUGGCAACUGUUUUCUGCUCAGUUUGGAAAUGAUUGGCGAAUUGUUUGCUUUGACUGCUUAAUUACUUUUAUUCACUCCAGAUUAGAGGCAGUGCACAACAACAGGGAUUUCCACCAGUUAAGCUCCUCCUAAGACUCUUAACCACAAUGUAUAAAAUCCCCAACCCAACUAAGAAACCCCAGUUCUCUGCCUGCCUUCGGGAUAGGUAGGCACACACGUUUCUAUGUUCUGCAGGGGAAAAAUGAGGUGUUUAAGGAGGGCCUCCCUCUUACAGUGAAGGACUCUAGGUGUUUCUUUCCUAUUCUCUUCUUCUGCAUUGGAACGCACACCAGGUGCCUGCUUUCCACGCCUUUAUAAGUUCCGCCUACGUCUGUUCCGGAAAUGUCGAUGGCGCAUUGCACGGACAUGUUAAUAUGUGCUCCACUGGAGGAUCUUGGCACGCUUUACACUUGGGCAAAUCAAUCUCUGAUUUUAGGUGCCAUGUUAAAUUUGUGUUGGCAUUAUAUAAAUGAUAAUAAUAAUACUACUACUAAUAAUGUCAACUGAUUCUUUCAGAAAAUCCUUGCAAUUGCGGAAUUGGAACUAGCACUUGUAUAUGAUGGCAACUUCAAUAUGCUCUUGUGUUUAGUCCUUAGAGUGCCCCUUUUAUUCAGCACAUUUAUUAACUAUUUUUGUGUUAUAGUUCUGUACCACUUCUGUCCCCAAUGGUGGAAUGAUUGGUCAUUUGUAGAUUUUAAAUUUUAUUCACUUUCUGACAACCUUCACAGGUCUCUAGAAGAAAAAUUAAAGGUGUCCAGGUUAUCAGACAGCCGACUGGAUGUGGACACCGUAUAUUCUCGUCUAUCCAUAAGCCUUUUAAAUGAACAAAGGCUACAGGCUGAAGUGACCCAUUUGGAAGACAGGUCUGUAUCUGACACCCCUAACUCUGCUUCAAGCUGAUUAUAACCCCAGAGGGCACAACCAGAUAUCAGCUGUUCAAAACCUACGGACAUCCUUCAGUGGCAUGCUUAAUAAACACAGUGGAUCCUGUUUCAGUUCCUAUGUUUAAUAAGAGAACAGAUAAAGUAUCCACACUUAACUGAAAUCUGCCCUGUCAAUCUUUCAGUGUUGGCUCCGUGACCAUGCAGUGCCAGCAGCUUUCCAAAGAACUUAAGGAAAAAGGGGAGUUUCUGCACCUGGUCGAAGAAGAACACAAGAAAUGCUCUGUAGAAAUUAAGAAGGUUAGACUGAGCAAACUAAAGAGUGCUUUAAACAUAUUUAAAAUGACUUCUUACUUGUUUAGAUGCCAGAACUGUGCACAGUAAACAAUGUGAACAAUGAAAGGAUUUCAGGGGUGAAUAAUUCCAUUUGUUUUGCAAUGUGAAUGAUCUCAUAGGAAUUGUUUGUUCCUGGUGAGGAGUUUAGCUAAUUCUGCACUUUGGCACUAGUUAAAGGAACACUAUAGUUACACAGAUCACUUCAUCUCUAUAAAGUGGUCUAGGUGCAGUGUUGUCCAAAUAUUGGCAGACUUGAUAUUGUUAUAGAGCAACUUCCACAUGCUGGCACUAUAACCACUACUGCAUACUGUGCAUUUUGGAUUGUCCAAUUGAGUUUGGACUGACUUGUAAUUGUACAUUUCUCCUAUAGCUGAGGAAUCAGCUACGCCAUGCUGAGUUGUCUUAUAACAGUGCAUUAGAUGGAAUGCGGAAAGAGAUCUCACAGCUGACUCAGGAACUGCACCGUAAAGAUAUUGCCAUCGUCUCCUCUGGUAACACCACCAUAGAUUGGGAGAGGAAAGCCAGGAUUGAAAGGGAGAGACUGGAGCAAGAAGCAGCAGAUCACAAGGUGUGAGAUCAAUUGCUAAAUCUGUUAUCUUUCUUUUGUCUGUUGUGCUCCUAUUUUUAAUCUCUUAUAUUUAAUUUCACUUGCUUAUUUUCUUUAAUUUUCCACUGAAUCUUCCCUAAUUCCAAAAUGAUUUUUAUCACAUUUUAUAUAUUUUGCUGUUUACCAAGACCAUCUGUUGACUCAUUGUUUGUGCAUUAUUCCAUGUCUUAUCAUUAGUCGUAUGAAAAAAAAACUCACUUAAAAGUAGAGCUAAUUUUUCAAUAUCUUUGUCUCUAACUCUCCCAGAGGUUUUUUUUUUUGUUUUUUGUUUUUUGUUUUUUUUAAACUGACUCAAUAACCCAAGGCCUUACUUUUUGGGUAAUAUUAAAUGUAUAACUUAGCCAUUGUAUAUUACAAAAUUAUAUAGUGACACUUCAUAUAGUAUUGUAGUUUUGCUUUUGCUUGCUUGCUUAACCAUGUAAGGACCAGUGACUGAUUCAGUCUUCAGAAUCCAAACAGCCUUUAAAGAUCCUAUAUUAAAAGUAAUGUUCUAUUCUGUCUCUGUCUCAUCUUUCUUUAUCAGUACAGGCUCUACCUGUUUGUAACUUCGAUCGUUUACGCAUUCUUCUUGUGUCCAGCUCUCAUGGGCACUGAGAUCACUCUGUCCUCUAACUAAUGAGUUCCUCGUUUGCUCUCUUGCAAUGGUUCAGGUUUCUCUGGAAACAUUGGAGACCUUAAGAAAGGAGAACUGUCAGCUGUCAGAGAUAAUUGAGAAGCAAGAACCAGACGUGAUUCAGGUGACAAGAUCUCCCUAUACACUUUGAUUGCGGAGAGGGUAAUUUCUGGAGGGCAUAUUUGAAAAUUGCACUGAUUUCCUAUGGUUAUUAGGAGGAACUAGUGUGGCACCCCAAAAUUACAUUUUUGUUGCAAUUUGUAAAGCAAAGUGCAAGAAAAUACUACAAUGCUUAUAUCUGUAUUAUUGCAAUAAUAUAGAACAAAACAUGUUUGACUUUAAUUAGCACUUUAUGUUCCAAAACCACAACAUGCUAUUGUAGCGAUUGAUUAUUAUUAUUAUUAUUAUUUAUAAAGCGCCAACAAGUUCUGUAACGCUGUACAGACACGUAUUUGUAACCAGACGAGUUGGACGCACAAGAACAAAGGGGUUGAGGGCCCUGCUCAAUGAGCUUACAUGCUAAAGGGAGUGGGAUAUAGUGACACAAAAGGUAAGGGUACCUGAUAGGGUAAGGGUUUGUGAUGCUAUCGGCCUGCGGGCACCAUACCCCGGUUAUUGGUCAAACAGUUUUUGGACAUUUUGUCCAAAUCUGGGGGGUCCCCGAUGAAAAUCGGUGGGGAUUCCGAUUUUGGAUAUGUAUUUCAUAUAAAUUAUUAUAAUUUUUUUUUUUUACAAUUUUCUGAUUAUUUCUUACAUUAAUUGCAAUUACCCCUUUUUAUGCGUAAAGAAUCACUCACUAUAGGGUCAGGAACAUAAACUUGUAUUCCUGACCCUAAAGUAUUAAAACCACCAUCUAGCCCCUCUGGGCCCUCAUUCCUCCGUAAAUAUAGCAAAAUCUUACUGUAUUCAAGCCAGAAGCUGUAGAUCUGCAUGCGGUUUGGCUAAAAAAAAACCAAGCAGUCUGAUGACAUCAUCAGAAGUGGUAGCCUGAUCCAAUUACAAUGCUUCUCCAUAGGAUUGGCUGAGACUGACAAAGAGGCAGAUCAGGGGCAGAGCCAGCAUGAUUCAAACACAGCUGUGGCCAAUCAGCAUCUCCUCAUAGAGAUGAAUUGAAUCAAUGAAUCUCUAUGAGGAAAGUUCAGUGUCUGCAUUUAGAGGGAGGAGAUACUGAAUGUUUGAAUGCAUUUUAGGCAGCCAUGACCCAGGAAGGAUCUCUAACAGCCAUCUGAGGAGUGGCCAGUGAAGUUAUCACUAGGCUGUAAUGUAAACACUGCAUUUUCUCUGAAAAGACAGUGUUUACAGCAAAAAGCCUGAAGGGAAUGAUUCUACUCAGCAGAACAAAUUCAAUAAGCUGUAGUUGUUCUUGUGACUAUUGUGUCCCUUUUAAAAUUAAGUACAUGCUAUGAUAUGUAGCAAUAAUGGCUUAACAUUUUAACUUUUUUUUUUUAAAUGCUGAUUCAGUAUUAUACAUAUAUUUCUACGGUUCCCAUUUUGGCUACAAUUUGUUUUCCAUCUUUAUUCUUGUUUCUUGAUCAUUUAAAUAACCAUUAAUUGCACAUACAUAACGGUUGUACUUUUUUUUUUUCCUUGUACGUUUAUAUUUUAUGUAAAUUGUAUAGGCUUUGGACAAUUUGGAGAGUGAGAAUGAAAACCUGCGUCAGGAAUUGUCACAGGCACAAAGGAAAGUGGACCACAUUCUACAGACCCAACAGUCUGAGAUCCAGGCUGCUGCGGAGAGGUAAUGACCAUCAUUCAUUGUAUCUCGAGCUCUGACAUAAAAUGGUUUUCCGAUAAUAAUACUACAUGCACUUCGAGAUCAUUUGCCCCUAAAACCCUAAGAAAGAGAAACCCUAUUGGAAAUGAAUUUUAUUUCUGCAUUCAAAUGCUAUAUAGAGUAGUAUUUAUGGAUGCUUUAUUUUUUUUCCUUAUAUACAUUUAUACACUUAGAACAUGACUGUUUGUUUUUUUUUUCUCAAUCUUGAGGCAAAUUCAGUAAAGCAGCAACUAAGGGCUUUUUAAGGUGUAACCAUGAAAAUAAAGCAAUGGCCUUUUGAGUCAUUCUCUGUAUUCUCCUUCCCAGGGCUGGUUUCUCUUUAGGAGGACACAAAGAUUCGGUUUAGUAAGCAAGCCAAUAAUGGGUGUCUGUGCUUUUUGUUGCAUUUUUCACUACAGACGAUCACGUGAGUUACUGAAAGAACAUGAAGAGGAAAUGAGAUUAAUGAAGGAAAAAAUAAAUGAACUCUCAGAACGUUACACUAGAGAAAUUCAAGCUUUGCGUUCACAAGCUGUUCCUUCCUCCAAUGUAACUAGCCUCAGUAGGACAAGUUCUGUGGAGUCCAUGUCUUCUGAUGUCUGGAAGGGAAAUAUAAAGAGGUCACCUGGUGCAGGUGGGAAUGAGGGGGAUUCAAGUGGAGAGUCCACAUCAGAAUGUGUGUCUGUAGUAAGUAUGCUUUGUAUUUCUAACAUAUUUUAGUGGAUUCCUAACAUCACGUGUUUCUUGUUAAAAGUUACUCCAAGCACCAUGAUAACUUUGUUGAUUUGAAGUAGUCAUGGUAGCUGGAGCGUGUGCAGCGUUUUUCUGUGAAGCAAGCAUGAUUGUGAUUGGCAUCAUGGCCCAUCCCUCUAUCCUUCCUCCCUGACAUCUGUCCCUUCCAGCUAGUUUUAGUGACGUCAGUGGAGGAGGAUUGGUCUAAGGGACAAGUUGGCCUCAGUGCUGGAAUGGAAGUAAUUUUUUUUUAUUUAUUUUUUUAGGAUUAUUUUUAUUUAUAUAUUUUUAAAUUUGGCCUCUGGACCAGCACAGUAUGAGUUACACCAUAAAGAAACAGUGUUCUGUUCUUGGAGUAACCCUUUAAUAUACCUAUAUAAGAAGCUGAAGCAGCGGUUUGUCUUGUAGAUUUUUCAAAUUAUUAUUUUUUGGUAUAAUACAAUUUUGUUUUAUUAACAUUUUAAGGACACAUCGAUUAGGUAGAGCAGGAGUAUAUAGGAAAAUUAAAUCAUCAUUUCCAAUGUCAGUAAGGACAGAUAUUACAGCUGCUUAUUCAGGGUGUUUUUUUUUUUUUUUUUUUGCAAAAAUUUUACUGGGCAUUUUUUUUAAAUUAAAUUAAUACCCAGACAAGUUUAGAUUUUUCAUUUUGUAAAUUGGCAAAGAUGGUGAAAAUGCUGUUGAGUUUGGCAGGUAUCCUAGUUGAUAUUGUGCCAAAAGCAUUUGUUUUUGUAAUUUUUUUGAAUUUUUUUUUUUCUCCCUGAUUAGGUCUAUGGAGCUAUUUUUUAUUUAUUUUUUAUGAACUAAGAAAUAUAUAUUCUUUAAAAAAUUAGCAUUUUUAUCCGUAUAUAUUUUUUAUUUUUAUUCAGAAAGCUUAUCAGUAUUUCAGUAGGUUUACUUUUAAAAUAACAAAAUCCAUAAUUAUUUAGACUUUUCCUUCUCUAUCUUUAGUAGAACACAGCCAGGACUAUUAAAUCUCUGUAGAAUUGGUAUAAAGGUGUAAAGCAUGCUUGGAGCAGCUGUUACAGAUCCUCCUGAGAGGGAGAGAGUGGCCAGCUCCAGUUCACAUUCCUGAAGCAUUGCCCAUGAUUGCUCACUUAUCUGUGCACAGUGCAUUAUGCCACUUUUCUCCAGGCAGCAGGCCUUUCUUAAUGCCGUUUUAGUUUUGUUCCUUUAAUGCCUAAUUAACUCGCCCAGUAACCAUGUCCUGUGUCCUGACUUUCUUGGUCUGUGAUUAUUGCUUUUUUCCUCCUUUCCAGCUCCCCAUGCCUCCUUCCACUCCAGCUAGUGCUAUAGCUGUGCGCUUCUUGCAAGAGGAAGAGCUCCGUUCGCAGGAUCUCCUGCAGCGUCUAGAUUCUCACAUCGAGGAGCUAAAGCAGGAUAGCCAGCGGACAGUGCAGCACUUCACCCAGGCAAGAUAAUUAAAUCUGGCAGUAGAAAAGCCAUUAAUCACUGUGGAAAUGACCUGAGAUAUCCUCUGUAAAGGAUCCCGCGGCAUAGAGUAAAGUUCUUUCUGUGUCCACAUGGUGUCACAGGUGAGCCAGCCACAGUAAGCUGAAAUGUCUGUUGCCAUCUUUUGAUAUGAAGAUUUAAAUUGCAAACCGCAUUUAUGAACUACUGUGUGCAAAACCAGUCGUGGAGAAUUAGUUUGUCUUGAACUUGGCUCAGUGUGUUGUAGCCAAGCAUGAGCAUUGCAAGCCUUGGCUUAUUGGGCAUGAGGAGCAAAGGGGCAAGUCAAUGAAGACAGGACUUUUUGAUGUUAAUGUCUGGAUAUCCUGGCACACUACAUGAAGGACCAAAAUAUUGAAUUUUAAACUACAACUUUUUUUUUUUUAUAUAUAAAUAAGUAUACGUUAUGGGUGAUUGCAUUCAGUUAAGUUAUCACAAUGUUCCAGCUAAUUUCAAACUCCCUCUAGUUUCUCUUAAUGCUGUAUUUACUUAUCUGAAUGUAUUUAUUUUUAG